AUGUGGGAGACACAGGAAGAGAUGCGGGAUAUUAUAAACCGCAUUGAAAAUUGGAACGAGGAGUCUGAGGAGUUAUUUAAAAUCAGUAUGCCGAACGAGGUGAGACGAAAGCAUAUGGGCGCAUUUAAAUAUUAAUCUAGACAAUAGAUUAUGUAGUUUUCGGGUACUUUUGUUUACUGCUCAAAUAAACUAUAAAAGGACUUAAAUAUCGUCUAUUAUGAACUAUUAUGUCUCUUUUUGUUCAUAUUUACUUUGGGACCCCUUAGGCAUUAACGUAUGGACCCGAAUAACAGAAACUGAAUAAGCAUCUUAUGAUGGCAAACACCCCAUCGAUUUCUUUUUACCUCGGCUGUAUUGUUGUCUUCUGUCGUGGAGUCAUUUUUUCGUUAUCUUCCUCUGGGAGACUGUUUCAUCCGCGUGCAUUUUGGCCGCACAAGGCGAUUUGGGACUGAGUCGUGCAGUGUAAACAACAACUAAAACUAUCAAAAAUAUUAUAGUCAGAAAAAUUAAAAUUGACGGGAGGAUUAAGCGUUUGAUCUGCAAGUAAUAAGGACAAAAACUAAUUGAAUGACCACGAAGAUGAAAAUCUGUAAGUCUUAACCUGUAUCAAUUGAUACAGUGACUUAAGUCACUAACUUAAAAACGAUUUGGUCACCUAACUAUGGCUUGUGAUGCAUCAGCACUAAGCGGUAGAGAAGAGUAAGCUAAAACAUACGAUCACACAUACGCUACCAGCACCUCCAAAAUUGACUUAUACCUACAACUACUAAAAGCGUUGUAGGUAAUUUUACUACCGCCCUUCUUUUGUUUCAUUUCGCUUGAACAAAUUAUGGCUAUUUCCUCGUUUAAAAGGGACUACGCGGUCAAAUUUUUGUUAACGAGAUGCUAAGAUCAGCUCCAUUGGUACGAAAAAUGUGUGUGACUUUGUUUUGUAGUUGUUUAAACUUUUUUUUCAAAAUUGGGCUUUCGGUGUGAAACCUACCCGCCCGUUUGUCGAAUAUCGUCGGAUACUCUGAGUCAUCAGUAAUCAUGGUGUAUUUUCUGAUUGCGUAGACGGAUGUCCCACCAUUGCAUCGAAAUUUAUAAGCAUAAAAUUUUGGUUAUCCUUGCAGUCAGCAAGCAGUUUUCUAUAGCCCAAGGGAGAGAAAAUUUGAACGGCUGUUGGACGGACUUCAAGUCUCGACGACAAUUUUAUCCUCUCUGACUUUCCAGUCCGUUCGAUUUUUUUAGCGAAAACCCCUUUUAGUAACCACAUAAAUCAUACUACCAGAAAUAUUUAAUAGAUUUUUGAAUCAACGUUUUGAUCGUUUUUAUUUGGCGAAUAGAAGACAAAAACAUCUCUUUAUGGAACCCAGGUACUUCGUCUCAUGUCCAAAUAAAAUGAAAUAGUCAUAGGAUGAAUUUUGUUGCUUCAGAUGCCGGCAAUAAAAAACUCACGAAAUUACUGUUAAUCUAAAUCCGUUAGAGUAUAUCGGCAUUUUCAACGUGUGCCCCACAUAAUUAUACAAUUCUAUGUUUUAGUUUGAAAUGCGAUUUAUUCCGCUGUUACCAGGCUUCAUGAAAGUUGUAGGGUUAUUAUUUUUAUUUAGUUAGUUUUCACCUCCUAAAUGUUGAUAAAUAUAUUCCACACGAAACAGUAACCAGUUCAAAUCUCCCUACUCUGUAAAUUAAAACUAAGGAAUUUGAUUGCCUUUAUUUACGUCGAAACGUAAAACCCUUAUAUACAGUGCGUGAUCGAUCUCAUGAAAUGUUGACCGAAAUUCUGGUAUGCGUUUUUGAUUAAGAAGGAUUACUUAGGUGAUUUUGUAAUAUUUCUUGGUUUGCAUCGUAGUCCUAUAGCAUUUCAGACUUAUCAAGAUGUCGGCUUUUGACUGCAUUUCUCUUUGUCCUCCUGCAGAAACCACACUUGGUACCAAAUGACUACAUAAGUAGCAUGCAUUUCUCACAUUGUUUUUCGGUGGUCUUAUAAAUUCAGAUACAUUGUGUAGAAAACAUUUAUAAAAAUAUGCUUUUGUUAAUCAUUUGGUAGAAAAUCAGACUUUUUCAUAUUUUAUGCCCAAAGGAAUUGUAUAUAUAAGUUUUUAAAAAGUUUCUUACUAUGGAAUUUUUAAGACCGUGCGAUGUCAAUGCAUACAAGACCGCACAUGUCCGUUUAUCAAUGCUCCUCAUCAAAUUUACAACACAGUCCGGAUCCAUUGUAAAAUUUCAUGAACUGUUUAUAGUAUCUUUUUGAAGGCAUAAAGAAAUAUGUGAUUCUCCCUACGCGUAAAGCAUGCACCUUGCGGACGGAAAUCGCCAAAAUGAUAAUGCAAUGGCAGAUCAGACUUCAAAUUGUUCGGGAAAUGGAAAGCUUUUUUAAAACCUAAAUAUAAAGUUUAUUCGCGUAUAAAAUAUAAAGAUAAUGUGAUUUUAUACUAAAAAAGCAAAAUACACAAUAUUUUGUACAUGCUUUCUAUAAAAUAUACUUGAAUUUAUAAGACCACCGAAAAUCAAUAAAAAAUGCAUGCUACUUUAGUAGUCAUAUGAUACCAAGUGUGGUUUCUGCGGGAAUUUAUAUGACCACCGAAAAUGAAUAGGAAAAAUGCAUGAUAUUUAAGCAGUCCUUUUUUCCCGAGUGUGGUUUCUGCAGGAGGCCAAAAAGAAGCGCAUUCAAAAUCCGACAUCCUGAUGAGUCCGACAGGUUAUAGGGUUAUGCUGCAUGCUAAUCGGUAUUACAGCUCCACCUAAGUGGUCCAUCCAAAUCGAAUAGGGUGCCAACACGAGUUGAUAGCUUUUCUAGUAAAUUUAGUGCGUUUCAUACUAUGACUAUAUAAUUAAAAAAUAACAUAAUGGGGCAUCUUUUAGAAUUCUUUCUGCUCUUUCUCUUAAACCGAUCUCUUUUUUAAAAUGAGCAGUUGUAUGAAGCCAAAAUGACCAAUUUUUCCUGAAUUCCCUUUGUUUUAUAAUAUCUAAGUCUAUUAAUAAGAACUUUUUAAUCUGCCUUAAUUCACUUGUACUUAUGAAGCCAGUAAAACUUCUGCGUCAAAUGCUCCUCUUAAUGCACGUCGACAAGUGCUGACGCCGGGUUGGUCCAACCCCUAAAGUUUUCCUAUUGGCCGACGCCCAAAACCGUACUCUUUUCUUGUCUGUUUGGGCGUUGCCUAGCCGUCAAUUGUGAUGAGACUCUUGAUGUUUGCGACAAAGAUCCCGCUGAGUAGCGCCCACCAAGACUAACAAGAUAGGCUUCAAAAGGCCCACAGCAUAUUCUCCCUCAUUUGGGUCCAGAGUAGCAUGACUGUGCGAGACCAUUCCUUGAGGGACUUUUAAAAGGAGAGUGCGGCACUCUCUUUAGUUAGUCUGAAUAAGUUCAACGCAUGCCUACCCAAGUUGACAACAGGAAAUUUUUCUAUCCAGGAAUUAAUGAGAUAUUAUGCUGCCACGUUUUGGUUAUCUGUAUCGAUUCAUCCUUAUCGCAGGACAAAAUGUGGCUUGCGAAUUUUAUUUUUGAGAGGAGAGUCUGCAAAAUGAGCGGGCGACCAAAUGCACAUUUUUCUAACCACAACGGACCCAAGAACCAUCAUUGAUAACAUUGUUCCUGAGCUGGCAGACGGCAAAACCAAUUCAGGGCAACGAUCUGGUGACCGACCCCAAACACACACUGGAAAGGUGGUAAUAGGCGUUUUACGUGCAGAGCCUGUGUAUACAUAGAGGAAUGGCAAAAUAAGUAUAGCUGAUUGGUAAAUUCGCCUUUCGAGCAAAGGUUUAAUGCAUCGACAUAUAGCAACCGAAAUCAAGCAGGACAAUUAAAAAAGCAAACAUUAAGUGUCUACAACGGUCACUUCUCGACUCUUUGAGCUGAGGUCAUUCUAGAUAAUCCACCAGAUCGUCUACAACGGACUACCCAAUUUUUUUACGAGAAAACACCAAACCGAGAUAAUCGUGUCGGACAAAAACCUACUUAAAUAAAUAUAUUAGGUAUUCUUUGUACGCCAGAGAUGCAUGGGAUCCUUCGUUCGAUCCCUGCCCAAUUCAGAAUAACUAUUUUGGUGUCCCAUAGUAGAUUAUUUUAAAUUAUCUUUUCGUGGCCAUUCGACAGUAGACACUUUGUUUAUUUCUAGAGCAUUUUUUGGGGAUUUGACGCAAAUAGACAUUAUUCUACCAAAAUGAAGUCUGCAGCAAUCUGACCUAUCGUUAUUUCCAGCGGGCAACAAUUAUGUGUUAAGUGAUUCGAAAAGAAUUACUUCCAGCCAAUUUAAACUUAAUUUGAGACCAUCUUCAGCCCCUUUGGUCAACAACCUAUCUCAGACAUCUAAAACUCUGCAGUAUUUAGUUUCCUUUGAAGCCAUGAACUUCGGCUUUAGGUCUUUGAUGCUGAGUCCCUCUGUGUUUCAGAUAAGUUUGUUGGAGGUAAAAGUGACGAUGAUCGCUUUAUCUGAACUCUACCAUCCCCAUCACAAGCGGAUUUUACGAAGUGAUCGGCCAUUCUUUCCUCCUGGUUCACCAGCUGGCAUUUCUAUGUUUAACACAGAAAACUGAUAGUUCGGCAGGCUGAAUUCGAAUUCUGUUUUUUGUCGACUCGUAAAAAUUUACUAUAUCAUUUUUGGAGAAAAUAAGGUCCUUGCAUUGGCUGCUGAGUUCGCCAAUGCUGGCAUUCGAAUUGUUCGCUUGCACCGCCCAAUGGUACCCUAGGAAGUUUUUCUAAAAAUCCUACCUGUCUAAAGGAAGUGUGUUCGUCUUUUUGUUUUAGAUGUUUGCAGUCCCGUCAUGAAAUUUAGAUAGAUGUAAUGAUUAUUAACCUCCUUUUUAAAGUCCCUGCAAAGUAUACUCCCGUUUGUCCCACUAUUGCCAUAAUACUGUCUUUCCCUCCUCUUCGGGCUGUUAUUGGAAACUUGAAAUUAUGUACUUCUAAGUGGAUCUCUGAGAUAGUAGCUCUCUUUGGCUGUCUGUCAGUUCUUCCGUCAAACACGUCAAGGUCGAUCAUUACAUGAUUUUUAGAGUUUGCGAAUAACACACUUUGGUUCUUUCGUGAGUUAAUUUCCCACCACUCGCACGUGACUGGCAACAAAACACGCUGGUGGCCCUCAUGAAACAUUACUAGCUUUUGUAUUUGAAGUCCUUCGAUCAUUCGGAAAGCUUCCACUAUCGGGGAUCAUUAAAUGGCAUAAAGUUUGCUGUCUUUGCACACAAACUGUGUGUUGAAAGGUUUAAAGCCAGUGAAUUAUGGGUUUAGAUUACCCCCCCCCCCAUAGUGUUUCGUCCCGGAACCUUCAGCAAGUCAUAACCCGCUCUCCCAGCCCGUCAGCGGCCGCGGACCCUUUUUUCUAAAAACCUACAUGGGUGAACAUUUAGACUUGGGUGGGAAUGGCAGCAUAGGCUAUGAAACUCCAACUUUCCUAACCAUAAAUGCUGCCGGUAGUCGUCCACAACACUUCAGGCAAAGCUUACUACCUCAACUCCAAAUCAAAUAAAAUGCCUCAUUUCCGUCCAUCGGUUUCCUGCCACGUCCUGCCCUCGUGGGCCGGAAGUAAGGAGGAAUACAGGCUUUUGUAACUUCUAUCAGAUACAGUGUAUUUUAUUUGUUAUUUAACAUCCACCAAAGUUUAGCAAAUCUUCGGGUAUAGCUUAUAGUAAAAGUGUAACUAAUGGUCAAAAGGUGAUGGACGCAGUCUGGGGAUCAAAGAAAAUGCUAUUUAUGAUGCUUUCUGAGCGCAAUCAAAUUCAUCCGCGUUAACAAUAGAGGACCUGCUGACUCUAUCAUGAGAAAAGGGAAAAAAUUAAUCACACGAAUUUUUGACAUACAUGGGGCACUUAUUAACAAAAUAAGCCAGUUUGGAAACUUAGAAUGUUGGGAUCCAGCAAUCUGGGAGGAAGACUUGUUGGCCCUCAACUACUGGCAUUUUAAGUUUGGCCGGGAGAAAAGGUUCUGACAAAUGUGCCUUGAAAGGGAAAUCUUUGGGAACUGAAUGCGGCAGGGAUAUGAACCUUACACCCAAUUUUGAUGACAACCCAUUCAGUCCGCGCUUUCUGCCAGCUAAAAUACUUAACUGACUCAAAUCAUGGAGCAGUGGUUAUUCAUACAGUCAAGACAUAUCUGUUGGUGGGUCGAACUUGAACAGUCAGCUAUCGCAGCCCAGCACGUUUAUGCUACUUUCCAAGAUGUUCUAGACUGCCCAGCCUCUGCACUGCGUUCGUUCUGUUCUUUUGAAAGUAAGUCUUGAGUAAAUGUUGAAACACCGGAAAACCAUGAAUUAUUCCAACCUCCCAACACUUCAUCGAACUCUGGGUCUUCAGUCGAUACAUGGUCAAUCAAACUAUUGCUGCCUUAGGCAUCCAUUUAUUUUUUGUAAGACAUGCCAUGUAGAUAUUCGAAAUUUUGCUCUUUUAAAGAACAAAUCUGUACCAUUUCUCAAAAACUACCGUUCUGCAGCAGCAACUUUCCAAGUUGAGACAUGGUAGAUUCCUGGAACUUUCGUUUCUAAUCUUUUCUGAAGUAGAUUCUGCCCAACACUCGUCCACAUUACCUCGUAAUUGCGUGUUAUUUAUUUUCGUUCGCCUCCAGAACAUGGAGUUCUUCGGGGUCGUACGGUUCUACUUCCACGGACCAGACGACAAGUAUCAUUCGAAAUGCGUGCGUAUAUCGAGUCUGGCCACGGCGCGACACUUGGUUAACGUCCUUGUUGAGAAGUUCCAUCCCGACCUCCGUCUGCUCAAAGCGGGCAAGUACGCCCUUUACGAAUAUCAUCCCAGCAGUGGAGGCAAGUUUACCCUGCCGUUUCGUUUGUGACUUUAGUCUGAACUCAGUUCUGACUUUGAAGUAGACACAGAUAAUUGUAAAAAGGAGUCCUUAUUUGAGUGCUCACUGUUUGUAACCCUUUGUAGGCCUUACGAUCGAGAACCAAGCUGUUUACCUGCCCGAUCAGAUCGUAUUUUAAAUUAGUCGAGCGAGAUUUUCCCAUUCUAUAGGCCAUGUGUACGUAGUGUAAAAUUCGAUUUCUCAAAAGGCUUUUUGUUUUUCUCGAGCUUAACUCUGGAACUAUAUGAUGACUUUGUAGCCGGGAGGAAAUGGUUACACAGGAAACCUGAUUUCGCUAGUUUCUUCUUGUCCAGAUGCGUGUCCUGAUCAUAUUGUUGUCCCCAAGCCUGUACAUAUUCGGCCGACAGUUUUACUCGACCGAAACUCGGCUUUUGAUCAACUUUAGGGUGAUGAAUUCGUUAUACCUCAGGCCCGGAGAGGUUUGAAAAAAAGGGUAAGGCAGCCUCGGAUGCCGUAUGUAGUCUCAAACACCCCGAACUGCGUUUAACUAACAGGUUUCCUUCAUUUGAAAAGGGGAUAUGAAUGGCUGAUGGCAACUAACGGACCAUCAUCGUCUUUGCUGGUGUACUCGUUUCGGUUAUUACAUUAUUCUGUUUUCCACGUCAUAAAGAGCGCUUGCCGCCCAGGUAAUCAUCAUGGGUGCGGCAAAUCCGCCUAGGCUAACGCCGAACGUUCGGGCAGACAGUACUUGCUAAUCGAAUAUUUAAGUACUUACUGGGUCUGUAUUGUUCCAUGGUUAGCGAAUAAACUGCAACAUCCGCUCUCACUACUCAAUCGCAUUCCAAAAGUUGUUAAACCACAGAAGGAGAAGCAGGUGCAGGAAUGAUUGGGUAAAAUUUCCUCACUCAGCCUGACACUCUGACACAAAAUGGCAAUAAUGAGGAUGGUAGUGGUUCUACUGUGUGGAAAUCCACUGAAAACUGUCAGAGGACAAACAAAGUAAAUGAAUCGUUUGUCCCUCAGAAGAACUGUAUCAUGAACCAGUACACGUCAUCUCACAGGCAUUUUCUGGAAUGACCAUAACCUGACGCAUUGAGAAAAUUUUUGAUCGAGUAGCAAAAUUGCUAACAUUUGGUAGUCUUCUUGGAUCUGUGGAUCUCCGAAUCCCUGUCGCGUUGAGCUUGCUGGAACUGACUAGGUCACAAGGUCUGAGAACUUCAAUCGCACUCUUCUACUUCUACUCCUUCAACUUUUUCUUGAUAACUUGGAAUAGGGAAGUGCUACAGGCUUUCUGAUUAUCCAUUAGUCCUUUGGGCUAUGGGCACCAUCCUGUGAUAGCGUCUCUUCCUCUUUAGCAUUGAUUUUCAGUUAUAGCUAUUUUCGCUAGAUAAAAUUUACGACCGCUCUUUAAUUCGGAGAAAAUGAAGUGAUAUUUGGUAAUCUCAAUUAAAAAUGUCUGCGAAAAGUUGCUCAUGCCUUUCCACAUACUCUUACUAGGAUCUGCGGUUGAGUCCGGUUAAUCGGGCUGUUGUUUACUUUGAUCGGCCGGUUAUUUGAGUCAAACAUUUACGAACAAAAAAGUAUUACUACGAUUUUGCUGUGCUUAUUAUGGCUAUCACUCUUCCUUAUUGGAUCGUUGGUUAUUCCAAAAUUGGCUGUAAUGCUAGGCAGAAUUUCGGACGACUAAGGAGGUUUUUUGCUGAUACGAAUCGCGACCAGGGUGUCCGAAUAGACCUGAAGUCGACGCGUAACUGCAAAGGGUUAAGCGAGCUCAUCUGGAAAGUGCCGAUGAUAGGUGUGACUCUUGACCCUGUGGGGUAGGCAGGUAGCCGAAAAUGGUUAAAGUAGGGGAGGGCAGUACGACGUCUGUCGCUUGGGGUGAAGAAUGAGAUAAACCUGUCUUUUUGGGUGUCCCCUUACUGGUCAUAGUUAACCUGGUGGAUUAUGCACCCCACUUACCGGGAAAAAAAUAAGAUGCCAAGUGAAUAUUCAACAUCAUCUGGCACAAUUUCCAUACUACACUGUAUGAGAAACUGAUAGUUCAACACUGAUCAUCGUCAUCUGGUAGGAAACAUCUGAUCGCUACAAGAUGGCAUGAAGAGUAUGACUUCAGGGCAAAUCUUAGAAACUGAGUCUAUAAUGCGGAACCCAGGCGUGAGACAGUCUUCAGUCGAUGGGUCUCUAUUUUAAUCCCGGAUAUUUGGGUCAGUUAUUCAGUCAGUCCAGCACAUUUAGGUUCAGUGCGGAUUGAGUAACCAGAAUGCAUUGUAUUCUUAGGUAAAAAUACAGUGUAUAUGCACAGCUAUCACAAGAGCUCCGCAGGCUCACUCUUUUCACAUGGACCCUUGUUAGAGCACUCGAAAUGUCAAAAAGUUCAUUGAUGAGAAGGCCCUUGUUAUUGUUGGCCGUAACCGUCUUCACUAUGUUUCACCACUGCUCGACUAACAGUGUAACUCUUGUACAUGCUGUUUGGCUUACCCUACGCGGCUGUGCUAAAAGAAGAUGCAGGUACUUAUGAAUGGUAGUCCGCUGUGUUGUGGGGUUUACAGGUGUGCACCUUGGUGGAAGCGGUCAGCAACUCACCUGCAGAUUUACCGUUCGGCCUCCCUUGCGUCACUGAGUGACGUUAUCCUUUGACCGCCCGCGCUCUGGCCGUCUCUGCAACCGAUGACUCAUAGGUAGACGCACUCAGGUACCUGAUUAGGAUUCAGAAAGAGAAGUUCUGACUCACUCUACAUGAUGUGAUAUGUAUGCAUCUCUUCGGCCUGUGGCAACUGGCCCGCCUAUGGUUUUCGUAGCUUAUAACCAAAAGUGUUUCUUUGACGAACGGCAACGGCGCUCCGCAGAAAUGGGCUGUUACUAACAUGAAACCGUGCCCUGUAUUAAGCUUUUCUCUGCUCGUUAUGGAAUACGCCCAAGUCCCCUGAUGAGUGGAUAAUACUGAAGCGAUUGUAGGUACGCAUAGAAAAUUGUAAUAGGAUUUGAAUUCCACAAAUCGGCGGUCACGGCCAAAUAAGACAAAUCAUCCACUCUUACCUUAAAUAGAUGUAUUUCCAUACGUAGCCCCUCUCUGGGUUAGCAAUGCAACUACUUUUAGCUCGCAACAAUCUCGUUAGACCAAUUCGUUAGCGAAAUUACAAUGAGUUCAUAAUUGCAGACUCCUUGUGUUCUUUCCUGCAAAACAGGUAGGCACAGCCCUAAAACUGUUAACACGCUAAAAGAAAAUGAAGGCAAACCUUAUUUACUGUCCCUACAGAAAGACGCCUCACAGCGGACGAACGCCCACUAGUGAAUCAGCUUUACUGGAGCGGAGACUCACGCGAGGGUCAAUUCCUUCUGCGUGAUGAGGCUAGGUCCCUGCCUACUCCUGGCGUGGUGAGUGCUUUUUGUUCUGACUUCGUACCCACCGAGUGAUAGACUUCUUUUAAUUUAUAUUGUCCAAUGCUUGGUAAGAAAGAAACUCGACCACUGGAAUAAUGUUUUUAUCACAUGUUGAUUUGGAUUCACUCUCGAACCGUUCAUCUGAGAUGAUAGUAGGUGAAGUUAACGCACCUAUCAGGGGUUCGAUAUUCACAGAAUCUAGCCGUUACACAAGCAUUCACAGUUUAUGACUGGCAUCGCUCUCAUUCAUUUAAGACUUCGGUACUUGGCAUGAUGCUUAUUUGGUCGCUAGGAUUUUAGUAGUUAAAAGCUGCGAUUUCAUUCUCGGUGUCGAUGGUUAACGCUGCAAUGACUCCGCACUCUGUCUUAUUCACACAGCAUUGGAAGAGAUGUUUAUUGGCAUGCCUUCCGCCCACCCAGGAAAAGUCUUCGCAUUUUUCGAUGGAUUGUAGGCCGGAGUGCCAUGGUUAAUGUUGCUAGCGACUUGUGCGGUCGUCAACUCUCUCAGGAAUUUCGACCUGGCGAGUCCUAGGAAGCAGUUCGGAAGAAAAAAAUGCGACCACUGGAGCGGGAAUCUUAUUGGCCUGACGUUUCGGAUUCUCACUCGAACUCAUCUUCAGAUACAGUCGCAGAUAGGGAUCCCACGGCAGCUACGUACUAUAAAUAUUGCGGUCUUUAGACCUUCUCUACCCUUAUCUGCGAUUGUCUCUAAUGAUGGGUUCGAGUGAGAAUCCGAAAUGUCAAGCCAAUAAACUUCUUGUUCCAGUGAUCGCAUCUUCUUCUUCUGCAUUUAAACUUCGCAACCGGGUUCCAUCGAUUGGGCCGCAACUCGAGGAGUGAUGUCGUCUCUCCUUGCUCAUGACGCGGACUCACACAUUAGGCGCCGAAGUGGUCUUCCGGCUUCUAGUCAUGGCCGUUUUGCUCGUAACUGUGACGGACCUGUCGUGACAGCGGUUCCUUCUGCUCCACCAUUUGACGUCUGGUCGGUACCUCUAGCUUGUCCGCAACCUCAAAUUCGAGUGACUUGGAACGGCGAUCGGCGGCUUCCAAUAGGUCCUUUACGUACGAAGGAACCCGUAAGAUCUCGUUGUGUUAUGGUCUCGCAUCUUGUCCUUUCGUGCACCAUUGACGAAGUUAGGGGAGUAGCCAUUCGACUCAAGCAUUCGUCAAAGGUGUUCUAAUUUAACACCCCUGUCUUAUGAUUCGCUGCUGGGCGUUUCAACGCGCCAAUAGAUCGAUUUUGCAAAACUGUUAUUAUGACUUAUUAGUUAGUUGUAGACGUUCAGUAAUUGUGUCGUUUGGGUUGCUUUCUUGAAAUUUCAGGUUUUUAGGCCACUUCAAUUAUUGCUACAGAUAAGGACAGCCAAGAGGGUCAUCUGAUUGUUCCCGUCCGCUCCCGUGUUGAAAUUCAUGUCCGGUAAGGCGGUGUUCAGAUGUUCAUUGAAUAUUCACGUCCGGUCGCACUCAAUGGCGACUUAAGUAUCAUUCGUAAUUUGGGCUGAGAAUUUCGGUCUGUGAUUUUGGAAGACCAGUGACUAUAACCAUUACAGGGCCGCCUCGGCGAUUAGUCGAGAAAUCGACGAACCAAUUGCUAUUAUCUCCACCUACCGUUAGAUUGUUUCAUCAAACACGAAAUAUGUUUUGAAAUGACCUAAGGAAUUGAAAAUUUGCGCACAUACGAGGGGAUGCGACGCUUUAUCCCCUUGACCCCCAGCCUUGCUUUGAUUGUCUCGGCUGCCAGAUCCUGAGGAAUAAAAGUAAUGAGCGACGUGAUAUCGGAGUAAACAUGACAUCAUUUUUCUAAAAACUUAUCCUUUAUAAGUUUCUCCGAGAACGUGUUGACGAAAUGACUAUACUGUCCGAAUAAGCGGUCAGAAAUUCCAGAUGCUGAAAUAGCUAAUUUUUCAUUUCGAAGGUUUGAUAACCUUUGAGUGACAAUGUGGACCGAAGAAGGGUGCCUUCUUUGAACACUUUUGGCAGUUCCCAGAAUCGAACCAGAGUCCCCUCUGUUGAUCCCAUAACGCGCUGUUCGAUCUGCAACUUUGCGUAUGAAUUCCCGUUAUCAGUUCAAUCAGUACGCCGAUCGUCAUAAAUGACGACGGUACCCGAUAAGGCGUAGCAGCGACGGGCACAGGAAUUUAUUCGCGCUACAUGCGCAGCAUCUAUUCCAUCGACCAGUCAGGCACACACAGUAUUUUGGUGGUGGGGCAUUUUAGGACGACAAGAAUUUAGCGGCUGGACGAUUCGUCCACACGGACCGUACAUGAACCGGUCCCUGAUUCCACACACACACACCAACAAGCUUUCAAUCAGGUUGUCUAGGAUUUCACAGCACUUACAACUUUCAUGAAAGCCACAUUCAGAAGCAGGUGGUGAAGUAUUAGCCUAGGUUCCGAGGGCAGUACAGUCUAACCGUCCGCCGUAAUUCUCCCAAAUCACAUUCAAUGGCGCAUCGUCAUGUUAUCGAGAACUUUAUAUUCACUGGGAGGAUUGGGACGUGCUCAAUCAAAAGCGGGAUUCACAGCAGUUGCACAAUACCGGCUCACUGUAUACAUAGGCCUGCGUAGGUCCUCAACCAGUACGAUGCAUGUGUGUGAUUUUCGCUGAGUAGAGGCAGACACGACUCAAUUUAAAACAGAUUGAAGCUUCUGUCAGCACCAGUCGGACUGAAGGCUCAGACAGACUACUGCUGUAUGGCAGAAGGAGAGGACAGUGAGGUCGACCCAGCUCGAAACCAGCGCCUAAUUCCUUAAUAAUAAACAAACACGCGCGCGAUUUGAGUAGGGUAUGACGCGUUCAGAUGGUGGAAAAGUGACGAAAUAACCCGGUAUUAAUUGGUCUGAGGACCAGACUGCAGCUUUUAUGACAACCCCUGUCUAUGUCAAAUUCGAAACACCCCUUGAACGAGAACUGCUGCGUAUGGAGUUGAGGACCACGUCGUGCGUGGCACGCCUAUACGGGAUGCCGAACUCUGUCGGCCACUGCGCCAACUCCCGGUCGCCUUGACUCCGUCUUGCCAUCGAAGGUGUGGGAAUAGAAAUUGAAACAGGUACGGCGCAAGUCUGUUUCAUUAUGAACAAAUUCAGGCGCAAGUCGCGGCUGUGUUGAUUGCGUGAGGCAAGGGUGGUUUAAACUAUCGGUUGAACUAUCGUUAAUUAUGCAUCCCCACAGGUGCCGCGAGGCGGGGUACCUCGGUUCCGACUACACUAGUUCUCUCUCCUCUUCCAUUUACCAGUGCUCUGUCCGAGUCAAUCUGACUGGGGAUAAAACAAGUCUCGGUGUCUGGCGUGACGUGAAGCUUUCACCAUAGGUGUACCACAGGAGAGAACACGCAUACACACACAUGAUGGUACAUUCAUCAUUGAAGACACUGGUAACCUUCAUAGAAGCACUGCUGAACAAAUGAUGAGGGGCUCUAGUGUUGUGCCUAAAUAUACGGAGGCAGUGUGAGUGUGAGCAAUGAAUGAUAUUUUAGUGAUGUUUGUCAGGCAUCCGCAUCUGACCAGACAGGUUCACGCAGCGGUUGAAUGUGCAGACACAGCGUUGACAGAUAAGAGUAUCAUAAGGGGAGUUUGUCGGAUCUCCACGCAUAAGGUCUACAGUCGUGUUGUGAUGGAAUCGCCGGUGCCCAGUCAGACUGACAUGCUAUUGGGAGGCGUGUUAUAGGGACUAGCUGACUUUGCCAGCACUACUGGUGGGUUCUCUCUGCGUCAAAAUUGUGGUGGAAGGAAAGAUGUCCUAAAAAGACAAAUCGGUACGGUUGUGUAGCGCUGUAAUGAGUCCUUGUAAGAAGUGGGCCACUUCACUGAUUAUGCUGCCUUAAUUAGCAGCGGUGGGCGGGUUGUACUGAUGUCCCAGCGAAUUCAAAAGUAUCCAAAGAAACCAAUUAGUUGACCAUGCGGACAUGUUGACAAGGGAUCAGUUGCAUCGACAUUGAUCUGCAACGUUCUAGUUUUACGCUCUCGAGGUUUCCUCUAGGCCCCACUAUUCGGUGGACUCGGAUAUUAAUCCGGAAUCUCAGACAUAAAAGUCUUGCUUCAGCUACUGUGUCUCCCUCUUCUCAGCUGUUUUCUGGUUGCCUAGUCUAAUUUCAUCCGAAUCCGACAGUGAUUUAUUUUAUUCUCCAGCCCUGACCCCCUUUUGACGUGCAAAUGUUUGUUCCAUCCCUACAUAGUGCACUAGCAGGAGUGUGAUGAUAGUUAUGCUGGUAUAGCGUGCUUAAUGUUCCUAAUGAUCGGUGUUACCCACAAAAAUCCCUGAGAAUUGCUAUCUAUCUGUUUCCGGACAAGCAUGCUUUCCGAGUAUGAAGAACGAGCGCAUUUGUAUGCAAAUGAUCUCCUAAAAGAACAAUCAUACAAGUUUUGCACCUGAAUUUGAUCACCCUCAAUGCUUGCACUUUCUGCCUGUCAUCUGAGCAAAGCUAAAAAUGCACACAUAGGUGCAUUCAUAGUCGAGGAUGGUUCAACUGGAGGCAACUCCUGAUCAGAUUGAUUAUUUACGGUGUUAGCGAUGGCACGGGUAAACAAGAGAGUUAAUCUCCCUUGUGGCUCUCAUCUCACAGUCAGCUCAUCAACUGACGUCAGCGAGUCUCCGAGCAACAUGCAUUCGGACGAAACACACGUACUCUGGAUUCAUUUAACUGUCUAGGUAUAUUGGCGUCUGAAUUUCAGCCAUCACUUUUGAAUUGAUCUGUCACCAUAUCAGCGUGAAACAAUGCACCAUCCGUUGUAAUUCUCCUGAAAGUCCUUUUUUCUUCUCCAGGCUCAAUCGAGCGUAUGGGUGCGGUUACAAUGGAGGUGCCGUUUGUUGCUUUGAAACAGUGUAUCGGUUCAGAGCAGAGGACGUUCACAUACUGCGGGGUUGACAACAUGUUGAUGGGAAUUUACUAUCUUGUCCGAAUAUGGUAGUUUGGUUUGCACUGGAGAUCUGCUUUAAAGCUCUUGUCUCUGGCGCUUACAUAGUGGUGAUCAAUCAGUAAGCGGAAGUGUCUUCAUCAAAUAGUACUUCUAAAGCUGAGUUUGCUACAAAUGUUUGGGAAUCAGCGCAAAAUGAGAACAAUAAGUCGAUAUGAUAACGGAAGGACAGGUAUGGGGGUUCCACUCGGUAAAGACACGUAUGCUGACUAAUAUAAUCCAAAUGAGUAUCUGAAUAUCCUUAUCUGUAACUAUAAGAGAGAACCUGGUAAAUGGGCAGUGUUUCCAAGCUCAAACAUGCAAGUAAGAUGACUUUGAUUGCUCUGUGCAGGGUCGUAAAGGGCAUCUGUAGCGGCCGAGAACGUCAAGAAGAGCACACACCAAAGUAAGAGAACGCUGAUAAGAGAUCUUGACCGGGGUAGACCUGAACGGAACUGUUAGCAUUCCUUGAUACACAUCCAUACACACGAGAAGAAGGCAUGUCGAAUAAGGGGUAACGUAUAAUAUGACGAGAUUGCACUGGGAAAACGUAUAAUAAUCGUAAUUGUACAGGAAGAAUGGUUACUUCUGUAGAAUGACCUGUCUCGGUGGAGAGGCGAUGCCAACAUGCAGCUAGUAAACCGGUGGUGAGCGCAGCGCUGGGGGCAACUGCGGGGAGGGGCCGAGGGAGUGUCGAUGUAGCGAGGAGGCGAGCGGUACGGACGAUGCGUUACGUUACGGUACGAUGAGGGGGAAAGGGAUCGGCAGAAGAGAGAGGGAGGGACACCGGCUAUCUUCACCGACACGCGACUACGCCAUCUCCACCCUAGGUCCUCGCGCCAAAAGUGUCACGACAUUCAAACAACUCUGUUUUUGCCAAGGGGCGUUACACAUCGAACUUAGCUUCGGAUUCAUUUCUUUGUUUAAAUGCCUGUCGCUCUUCCGGUUGCUCUCAGUGCAACUAGAUCACUUCUUUCUGUGAGUAUGAGAGCGAGACCAGAGUCAACUUCAACCCUUCAUAGUGCUUGUAUCGCAUUGUCUUCAUCGAAUCCCCUAGGUCAUCACAGCUGGGGAUCAGAGAGAGACACAGUUUGUCCAUUAGGGUUUAAAUAAAAUUUCACCAGUACAAUUUAAAUGACGGUCACUCAUUUCACACAUAGUUCUUUGCCUUUUUGGCAGGCAGUGACUUUCCAUUCGAGUCUGAUAUUGCGUUAAUACGAGUUUAAACGUAGUGUUCUUAAAAAUAUAAAGUAGGAAAACCCAUACGUGCGCUGCACGCUUGUUUUAAUUCGAGAAAAAACACUAUGUAAGGAGACUGUUAGGGGAGGGGGCCCAGCAUCUCUGUUCUCACCUCUAUGAGAGCUGCAUUAAUAUCCUUAGGGGUAAAAAAACGAUAACAAUCCGAAAUUUUACCCUAGAAGGGGUGUGCUCUGGGACUGGACUAUAAAGAAAAUUGACCUUUUCCCAAAACUCAGUCGAUUUAAUUAAAUUUUAAAGAUUUUUCUGUGGAAAACGGCCUAGGAUUUUGAAAAAUUUUGAUUAAUGAAGGUGAUUAAGACUAGUCAGGAUGCGUGUAGAAGUUGUCUGCCUUCUAUUGCGAUUCCCCCCAUUCUUACCCUAGUAAAAGUGCAUUAAUUUUAAAUGACCUUGACCAUGCUUUUUCUGUCUUUCAUAAGCGUUUCGCAAAAAUUAGACCAACACGGAAAAAUCUCCCGCCUCAGUUCUUUUAGAAUCUAUUCACCUGUAAGGCACUCGGCGCCCUCGUAGAAGGUUAGAGCACGUGUCAGUGAGUUAUUGCGGACAUUUUUAAAAAAUAUGCUGUUUUGGAAUUCGCUGCACCCUUAGAGCGCCAGUAUUGUGCCCUAUUUACAUGCGUUGCCAUGACAGACUGGUCUGGUAACAGGUUACGCGGUUUAGUGGCGCCAGGUGAAGCAGAAAUUUGAGGAAAUAGAAGAAUGAAGGCAAACUGGCCAAUCAUCUUACAACGAGAGCGCUAGAGUGUGUCAGACCGAAUCUAUUCGAAAUGGUCCGCUUGCCAGCAAGGUCGGGUAGCCAGAACGUUGCUUUCUCAGUUUGGGCUAUGUUUUCACUUCCAAAUACAUUAGCAAAAUUUUGGGUUUUCCUGCUUAAUUAUAUCGACUUCGGAUGUCUUUUUGGCAGUUAUACCACUUAACCGAAUGUGAAAAUUCAUAUGCUAAGGGACAGUUAGUAAAAUACAAAAAAAUUGGGCUACUGCGGUCUUUGUGGCACGAAUAUGCUAGGUGAGACUACUUAAUUUGAUCGCUGGCAUAGAAUGCAUCGUAUGGAGGAGGUCAAACUUACGUUUAAGGUCCAAAUGUCAUCAUUUGGUCUUCUGUUUGUCUUAGGUAGCAGAAGAGCUCCCUGCCUCAAAGCCCUGUAAUUGCUUUUCAGAGGUACUUUAGUUUACUUUCUAAAACGUAUGACGUUUAGUUUUCUCAAUGGACCUAAAACAUAAAUGACUUAUGCAGUGCUUAGAAAAGCGAGCCAUUUUGAUAUUUCUGCAUAGGACGAAUAGUCGUUGUCGUCUGUUUUUCUUUCUAUAAGUUAUAGUUUUUUACCUUCCAAUUUUGCAGACUAAUUUCUCGUUACCGUUGCAGACAGACUUUUCAUUCGAUAGUUUUCACAGUGUGAAAGUUAUCGUUAACGGAUUUAAAGUUCCUUUCUUGGCAGGAGUUCAUGGGUUCGGUGCCCAUUUGCGAUGACUUAGGAGAGUCCAUAAAGAAGUUGGCUUGUUCGAUGAAGUCUAGGCGAAGGUCGUGUGGUAUCGUAUAAAUUUAAUUUUAAUCUUAAGUUUUCAUUGUUCAUCAGAGAAAAUGUUGCAAACCGGUUAGGAGUGAACCUUCAUUAGAAAAACCUUUUGCAUUUGUCUUUUUUAUGUAAUUUUGAGUUAUUCUAACGUAGUUCACUGCUGCGUCUGACAGGUGAAUAUCAGCGAAUCGUCAUAAUCUCAUUGUUCUUAAAUCAGACCGUUGUUCUAAAUCCCUAGAUCUCAGGGAAACUGGAAGACUAGUUAAAAAAUAUGGCUGUUCGUAUAGUAAUCAGGGCCGUAUUGGCCAUGUGCUUCGGGUAUUUAGCUCGCCCAUCACCCUUUCGGAAGGCACAUAGUUGUAACUUUCAUGCGGGCUUUCGUAGCUUCUCCUUACUACUUUCUAGGCGCCUACAUUGUUCUGACGGUGGAAGGUCAAGAAAGCCGAGAGUGUAUGUAGGCGCAGUGAUUGACAAGUCUAACCGACAGCAGUUCGACCGACGUGGGCAACCAUGUCCACCGUGCGCUCUACAACAGGGUGAGCGCAGGGACGGGGACUAGUGUGUGAAUAAAUUUAUAGUGAUAGUGGACUUGCGUAGCAUCUACCACACUCCCUCCUCCUCUUCCACUUGGAUCCAGUGUCAAGACAGAGUCAAGAAAACCGAAGACAGGAGAGAACGCAGGUGGUUGGCUCCACGCGAACCGGCGCCUAGGCGCGCCGCCACACCCCUGACCCACAAUUACACUGACCAGGAUUUUGUCCGACAACAAAAGUAGUGGGCUGUACGAUCCCAGUAGACGCGGAGUCAGGCUGCAUGUGGACCUGCCUCCACACCUCCAACGCUAGCAUCGGUUAUGGGAGUGCAUUCCCGAGAACGCCUACCGGAGUCUGAUCUACCACCUGUUUUUGGGAUAGCGCAUCUAACCACUUCGUCCUCCGCGCCAAUCACGAUAUGGUAUUAAAAUGUGCUUUGUUAGGGUAAUUAGUCCUUCGGGGAAGGGGAGGGUGAGCAUUGCAUCGGAUGACAAAGCUUGUGAGUCAGAAUACUGCGGCAAUUAACGCAUCGGAUGCGACCGCGGAGCAUGCCCCACUUCUAAUACAAAUACUGAUAAUCGAGGUAGGCGUGUAGUCGAGUAGCAAAUUCAUCCAAGGAUCACUGAUGUCCCCUUUAUCUCCCUCUGCCUCUGGUGAUGGGUAUGAGAUUACAUCAGCCAUGCAUCGCGAAUUAGGUUUGUAAUCCAGCGAUUGAGUCGUCCUUCAUCUGAGUUGUUUCCCUGAACCCGAUAUGUUCCUUGUGCCUUUAACUGACAAAUGUCUCUCUGCUAUGCAUUAGACCGUGCGUCGAGCAUGAUGAGAACUUCCACAACCUGGGCAGAUAUGAGUUACCUCCUCCCAGAAGGCUUCUGUACCUGUGUCUAUCGGUCUCCGCUAAGUCUAUUUGAGCCCUCAAUAGCUGCCAUGCAGGCGUGUGGAAUAUGUCAAAGCGAGACAGGUGCCGUGUCAGGCUCUGAUCUCAAUCUUAGCUUUAACCGGACUAAGCGUCCGGGGGGGGGGGCGCUGCUGCGUGGAAGACUGGGAAAACAACGAGGUCGAUCCAGCACGAAUUUAGCGCUUUAUGCUUACUAUAAACAAAUGCAUGCGCUCUUUAUCCAUUAUAACGCAUUAAUGGUCGUAGUUCGGCGCAAGUCUGUUUCAUUAUGAACAAAUGCACGCGCAAGUCGCGGCUGUGUUCAUCGCGGGAGGCAAGGGUGGACCACGUGGCCUUCAACGGUUGAACUAUCGUUAAUUAUGGAUCCCUAGAAUUGCCGCAAGGCGGGGUACCUCGGUUCCGACUACACCAUUCCUCUCUCCUCUCCAGUACACCAGUGGCCUGUCUGAAUUCAGCGACUGGUGGUUAAAUUGUUUUUAACGCCUAGCGUUGCGCGUGGCCUCCGUCUUGUGCAUUUCACGGGACACACACUAGAGGUAGUUUGCUCAUCAUAACCGACUCUUUUAACCUUGGUAGUAGGUUCGAUGCAGAUGAGUGGAUCAAAGGUGUGCGCAUAUGGUCGGAAAGACCUAUACUGCGAAUGAGACGCUUCAGCAGGUGAAUACUAGCCAUCCUGACAAUCUAUUGAAAAUGAAUCUGAUUCGACAGGUCAAAAGAAUACAGGAUCGGAAAUCCCGACUCAUUUCCCGCCACAUGCCAGUCAAUAUCUUUUGCAGGCAACAUAGAUGGAGGUGGUCUAGUUCUCGCACUUUACUUUGGUAAAUUGUUCAGAUCUCUGUGCUGUAGAUGAACCUUGUCAGAGUGAGAACCCGGAACAUUAUGAGCUUCCCGUUGAGAAAGAUCCCAUGGCAGUUUCGGGGUCAGUGCUGUGUUUUGCCGAGAAUCUGACUGGCUUUUAAGAUCUGGGAUGCGAUUUAGUCGUCGAGUGCGAUUGUUUAUGAGAUGGUGGCAUCUAUGUAUGCGAAAUGAUCCACUGCCGCGUGGUAAUCAUCACUGAUAUUUACCAUGGCCUCGGUGUACUUAACAGUUGGCACCGUCUUGUGCAUGGCGGCUUUUUCUAUCUGUUAAUGGCUAGUCGGAAGUGGGCGCAUCCAGAGACAUGUUCGCCUUAGUCGUCAUCAAAGAGGAGGACGUUUUCUCGCAAUCUGCACAUAAUGGAGGCUGAGUAGCUUCCCAUCGGCUCGGUGCCGUCAGAAUGACUCUGCCCAAUUUCACGUGACAAGGGUGUCUAUCCGCCCUGUGCCGCACGUUUACACGUAAACAUUCUAAUUGUUCAUUGGCCAUCUCUUAGUUGGCAAAUAUCAUUCUAAUGUUGUGUGAGUGGUAGACAAACCUGAAGUCCGCGCAUAUGUCCCAAUAGGUGCAUUCGGUGGCUGAACGCGUGGGUGCGGUGUGGGUAUAAAAGAUGAAGGUGACAGAUGUUGGCCGAGGCUCCAGAACCUGGUUCUUCAAACAUGCGGAACCAUAAUUUUCAUCCUCAGUGUUAUGCGUAGCUGCUUAAAUGCGUGUACAUACAAAUAUUAACGAAUAUGAGUAGUUCAUGAUUGCUGUGUUAGCUUUUCUGACGCCUUUUGAGUUGCCUGUUUAAUCCACGCAAGCCCAUUUGAGCUCAUUUGCAUCUCCACACCUCUGAGCGAACGCAGCAUGUGCCCUCGUGUCCUUUCUCUCAUCGAUCGCUGCGUCAUUCGCAUGCCUUUGAGGCGGUUCCGUUCGGACACGCUUACUCACACACGCGAUCGGCCGUCAAUAUGCGCGUGACGUUGAAACGCGCGCCAAGGCGACGCAGUGGGAGACAAUCUGAUGACGCGUUGGCUAUGGGCGUAACCUCAGCCGUCCUCAAAGUGUUUCGUCACAUGCAGACUGGUGACUGUUGACCCACUACGACCCACCGCAACAGGCCUGGAAAGAGGCGAUCAAAUGAUUGCUAUGACUGGCCGCAGUAAGUUAGAGACCAGGGGAUGCGGGAAACCGAAGUGCGCGCCUGUAACUCCUCUGCGCUAAUCUGAGGGAGCAUUCAAAUUGAUGAAUUAGCACAGGACCCAGCAGAGGCUUCAUAAAACAGUGUGUGCUUCAGUGGCCACGCAAACUGUUGGUCAGUCGUUUAUUAAAAGGGGGAGUGGGGACUAGCCACCAAGGGAUCAACUAACCUGAUGGUUUUGGCCUGAUAUCGGGUGAUGAAAGUUAAAAAGGGCAUGUAAACCGGAAAUGCAUCAUCACUUUUAUUUAUUUUAACCGUGAAGCUGUCGAUGCAUGACCCAAAUGGCAGUUUUGCAAAAGACGACAUACCCAAAAGCUCACGAACCAUGAAAAAAAUCUAUGUGACAACUAAACUAAGUCAUAAGUUGUUCCAAUUUCGUUUGCCAAAAUAGGAAAUUACCAAAUAAGUUUAGAGCUACGGGCGGAGAAUGUUUGGAAAAUAUUUGAAGAAUUUUAUCGACAAAAACGAGAUUGUCAGAAAUGACCAUUUACAGUUUAUCGUUCGUCAUCGGCCAGACAUACUUCCAAACCUCGAUCCGGUAAGAUAGUCAGUAAGAAUUCUAAUCAAUUUCCCACGCCUAGGUAAUUACUGUCUAAAAUAUUUAGUCAUGCGAUGAUGGCGUUUGCAGAGUUAUAUUGAUCGUAUAAUGAAGUGCAGAUGUCUCUCGAAUGCUGUUUAUUCACCUUUAGAGCGAAAACGCAAAUUUUAAAUAAUAUCCUGGCGAUGGUACGUAAGUAUUAUUGGAGACUACAACUGAAUUCCGACGUUGAGUUUAUCAAACAAAGGAGAGUUUAAGUUUGGCCGAGAACUCGUAUUCGAACUUAUUUUCUAUAUGAUUCGAUUCCUUUCCAAAGUUAUGUUGCUUUUACGUUGCCGUCCCAGUUGAGAACAGAACAUUUCGAGAAGAUAAAUGUCAACAGCAUCUACAACGAUAAAAUAUUUCGGAGUAAAGGAGAAGGAAUUGAUCGUCGUCUUAAGAAAACUUCAUCAAAUGAUAAAUCGAACUCGAACGCAGUCGACCUUCUAAUUAUGAAAAUGGGCCUUAGCUGUGAAAUUCCUCCAUUUUUUGAUGGCAGUUGCUGAUUUAAAAAAAUCCUCCUAAAAUUGCAUACAAGCACGCUGCCGCUUUUGAUGUUCGUCGUGGGGAGUUCUCUUGGUUUGAUGGCCGGCCAACCCAGCAACUAAUGAUACUUCUGUAGGGCUCCUACGACUUCAUAAGCUCUGUGCAGCAUUUCCGUCAGUCUAUCAAGAGCAAAAACCCAGUGGUAAGUGAAUUUCCAAAACAAUGGAUGCAGAAAAAUAUGCUGUUGAGCAAACGGAAGCGUUUUUUACGAGUCUUCCAAUAAAAAUGUUUUUUCCUGCGCUGCCGUCCUAACUAGAGUCAGAAAAAUCGUUGCUGAAAUUUCCCUAUAAAUGUGUCCGUCGGACUUAUAACAAGAAUUUUUAACAUCGAGCAAAAAAUCCAUGAAAUAACGAAAUAUAAGGCAUUUCUGUUUUGAGUCAUUACGAUUUUCAGUAGAAAAUUCUCAAGAAACCAUGGUCGAAGGCAGAAGAAAAAUUGGCAUUUUAUAAUUUCGGAUUAGACAGUUCACAUGACAUCUCGUUUUCCUGGCAGGACAGGCGGAUGUAGUUGGGCGCCGAGUUUUUCACAGUUGAGUCAAUAUGAAGAAAUUUAUUUUUGUUGAAUAAAUAAUGAAUUUCCUUCGUAAAAGCUGAGAAAUGCCCAUGAUAAGCGAAGAAGGAAGAGUAGCCGUUCAUAUUAAAAAGCACAUCUGCAGCCUAUUUCCUGGCGGUUUUCUUCGUCGCCUGGUUGUGCGCGUUGUUUGUAAUUUGCAAUUUAGUUGCUGAUGCGACACCUUCUUCUAAUCCACAUCCUUUAUGCAUUCGGAUUUGUUGUCGGGGAACCUUUAAAUAGCUCUGGUAAACGACAUAGGACAGGGAACAUUCUGGGUGUCAUAGGCAUCCGCCGUAUAUUCAGUUAGUCAGAAUGUCAAAGACAUGGGAAGGUUGAAAUGGCCAUUUCUGGCUUAUUAGCCGUCGUCAGCCAGUCACACUGAACCCCGAAGUGUGGAACACCUGGGUCACGAUCCCGCGACUUGUUAGUUAGAGGUCCAACGCCUCUAACCACUGAGCCACGGGCUCUUUGUCCUAUCGGUUGCGAUCGGUAAUGUACAAUGAUAGAGGGGUGCUCACCGAUCGUUUAAUUGUUUAAUCGCAGGACGCGUCAGUGGGAUCAACCAUUGCCUAUGUACGUAAUUUGUUCUUUCAUGGUUUACUUGAAAAAAAUCAACAAGCGUACAAUUUCGGAUUGUAAUUCACGGAAGACGUCUGUCUUUUUGAAAACUAAUACCAAAAUUCAGUAGGAUAUUACAUGACCAUGCCUUUGUAUCACGUAAUCGGAUGCCCACAAGUAGCUCACAACCAUGCAGAAAUACGCUGUCAGUCCUCAAUGAAAAUAGCACGAAUGUUGGACAAAAUCCAUAGGUUAAGCCUAGACAAGGGCGAAAACCUCAAGAAGCUUACAUUUAGAAUUUGGAAAAAAGUGGUGCACAAAUUUGAGAAUUUGUACUAGGUUUGAACUUAGGAAGAUGCUCGUGCUUUGGUUCUAUUAGAUUUUGGCUGUCAUUACUAUCUGCGUGAUCCGUACAUUAGAAGUUCACAUUACCUGUUACUUUCUUACGCCUGGAACUGCACGUUAUACAGUUUAACUGUGCAAAUGAGGCCUAGGGUAUCCGAUCAUGUGUUGUUCGCUUCUGAUUUGUUGCAGUGUCUCUCAAGUUAAUAUCACCUCACGUCAUAGAUCUCGUUUGUGAAUUCGGACUUCGUUUUACCAGCAGACACCCGGCAUAUAGGUUCGAUGAAGAGUGACUCGGGGGUAAAAUGUGAUGAUAUAGACUAACGCAGCACCGGCCUAUCUCUCGCCUCUCCUCCUAAUCCAAUCACAACCCGUUGGCACGGAGGAGAUAGAACCACCUGGCAUGUAGUUAUGUCUGCACGCGUAACCUGCGACUAUCCCCUGGUCCACAACCCAACAAGUCUUGACACACAAAAUCAUCGACGUUAGCGGGGCUACGUCGACCACCCUAUUUAUAGUUCGCCCAUUAACCUGAGCAGUUACUGGGGCAUAGCUAAGCCACCUAACCCUAAUUCGUGGAGACACAGAUAAGAGCUGCGUGUCACGUGACCCGAGCGGCCGCCACAUGUAGCGAGGCCUUUGGCGUGGCUUCCCAUACGUCAAAGUGACUUUCUAUCCCUGAGCAGUCCAUACAUCUGAAAAAAUAAUACGUCAUGGGAACACGAUGAGACCUUCCUAAUUAGGCUUGCGUGACGCGUUAGAAAUGACUACGGGGUGGGUUUAUGGCUGCAUGCAUUUUGCCUUCAAGUUCAGGCCAAGUAGGUGGUUGUCUAGCACGCUUUGAAAAUCAGGUCGGAUAAAUUCACUGUCCAGGGGCAUGACACGCAACCAUGACGUGCAACCGGUCAACGUAAUUAAAAGCCAGCAGUCUUGGGACAUAGAAGAGAUUAAAAAUACUCCUUCUUAUGUCUGUUUCUGUGCGUGGCAUGAGGCAGUUUGUGCAAGUUAUAUGCCAGUUGGGUGAGUCCGUGGCUAGUUUUCCCCCUAAGGAUUCCGCAUGAUGGGUCCGUUGUCUGGCCUUCCAUCAAUUAGUCACUGGCGUUUUUAGCUGGUCGCUAUACGGGUUGCAAGAUAGGUCGAUGAAACCGAUCAAAUUCACAAGUAUGUGUGAAUUGUCUGAGGCAUACUUUGUACGUACAUGCACACUGGAUCAGCCAUUGGUCAAGGCGUAGACUGGAAUUGUCGGUUCUUGAAAUGGGGUCAGCAACCAUCGCGUCCGAGUGGGUUCUCGGUUGCGGGAAAGUCAUAGACGUCAGUCAAGGCCCCUAAAGUCAAACCACCAAAUCCUAGGUCUUGGGAUUCAGGCUGCCGUGGCUUGAGAAGACUGUUUUUGCCCGGCAAUAACCUUUGAGUGCAUAUCAGCAUUCACCUUUUUCAGCGCAUUUGCUCUCUGGCAAGUAGUGUGCGAUAGUGCCAUUACACUUUUGAAGUAAAAUUCCCCGGGAGAAGCCGAAAAUUAGUCAUAUCCCCAUAGUUUGAAUGAAUAGCUUCCCAGGAGCCGGGUCUUGAGUGCCGUGUUUCAUUGAACUGAUCAGAAGCGGCCUCAAGGACAGUGAUUCAGUGAAGCACGUGGAGGCAGAAGUAACCGAGGGCCGGCUAGUAAUCGCCGAAUAUUCACCUAGUCGUCAGUAUCGACUAACGCAUAGCCCUGAGUUCAUUGCUCCUGCGGUUGCUUCAGCCGUAGGCGCCCACUCGGGUUCGCGUAUGCAAAUGAGAAUUAUACGGGGGAAGGAGACGACUGUGGAUGCAUGAGAAGCGGCAACACCUGCUUCACUUGCUGAAUUGUAAUCUUCGGUCCUCGGCAACCGGCACAGUAACUACAAGCAUGUACUCACAAUAACAGUGAUUUGGGGGAAAGCAUGAUGCAAAUGAGUCGUUCGCAUGACACUUUCUGCCUCGGAAUAAAGACAUGCUGGAGUAUAGCAAUGAACAGCCGCAAUUAUAUUGUCCUCUUCAGUUACAACGGGGUGUUAAUUUGUACCUCAAUCGUCAGAACUUCUAGGUACAACAAUUUGUCCGAACUGGAAAGGAUUUUUGUCACCUGACUAAUGCCAUAAGGACAUAGUUGAUUUCGGAUUGGAAAUAUUCAUCAUGAAGUUAGAUAAUCGUGCCAGAAGAGAUCAUUGAUGCAGUAGCAGCCCAACCUGUAGUUUUUUUUGCAAUGAGCAGUUGGCGAUGUACCUCCGGAAACAUAAACAGAAACUCCGACCAAUGAUCGCGGUUAGAAGGUCUUACUUACGUGACUAUCAUGCAGUAUUAUUCCAAGAUAUUUAGGUCAGGCCAGGAUGUCAGCUUUUAAAUGCACGCCUUCCCGUUCACCAGCAAAAAAUAUUCGCGAAAAACGACCCCUUGUGUAGUAUAAUUUUGUGUGGAUUUUCGAUGCCUGGAUAAAUUUAACCGUAGUUUAUAGAAGGCGUACGCGAAAACAUCCUCCCCUAUGCCUCUAUUUCUGUGGCUUAUGUCCUUUUUCAAGUGUUCUGCUCGGUAAAAAAAAAGAUAUCAUUCAGUUUCUUUAAGUUUAAAUUGGAAGUUUUUAAGACCGCAAAGCGUUAAAUCUGAGACUCGGCAAGUUGAGCAAUGGGCUCAAGUACGACGCGUUGAGACUAGGAAUAGUCUGCUUAAUGCAAGAGUAGUGUCAUUCUAUUCAGUUUGAUGGUCAGUCGCUGAGGCAAGGAUGCGUAGAAGCACUGAAACGAGUGUCACUAAAAUCCAACGCUUGAAUACAACCAACUGACAAAAAAACAGAAUCAUUGUCUGUCCAGUUUCACUUCAACACAAUAAUAAAAGUGCCUAAGAAGUCGGAUGGUAUGUAACAUAAGACGAACAAAAAUAACAUUACGUAUGCCUCAUUCUGACACCUCUGACGUGCUCUAUUCGGAAGUCCUAAUGUCGUAUUGGUACAAUGUAUCCCAAAGCCUGUUGCAAAAUACGAACAAUUUAAGCGCUGCAUUUUUGCGAAAGACUAAGUUCAUUUGCAUUGUCCUUCGAAUUAACAUAUUUCUGCAACCGAAAGUUAGCCCGUACAUUUAUUAUAGGUCACCACCACGCAUUGUUUCCUGUGCGGAUUGUGCACCUUCUUAAUGCACCACGGCAGAUGCAUGUAUGUUAUUCGACCUUCAAUUUUCACAGGGUUAACUAGGUGAUUCUCACUUCACGACUAAUUCUGAUAAUUAUUUUAAAUUACUCUGGUCGUAUGAGGCAUUCGUAAUUGUGGUUUCUGCCGUAUCAGCCGCUGUUUUCACAGUCACCUUCACUUUGAUUUGCUGUUAGCAACUGCUAGGGAUGGAGAGACACAGUGCGAUGAAAGCCGUGCAAGUUGCCCCCAUUUUAAGCCAACCCAAGAACGUCCAAACAGAUUGUACACAGUCAACUUAUUUGAAACAUUACCUCCCGAGACGUGGGAACCCGGUCGGGGAGUUCAAGUACUUUAAAUGGCAAUUCCAGUUUUUGCCUCAAAAAAGUCUCUUUGAUAGACACUUUCCUUCGAUUAAUUGCAGUGAGUUCGAAUGUACCUCACUAUAUAGCUGAUGUGCACUCCGGCUCAGUUCCUGCAUGGUCUACGGCGAAAGGGUUGCCCUGUUGCAUUUUUCUAAAGCAAGUUUGCCUCUCAACAACGCUACAUGAAGGAAGUACGGUAGUUUGUACGGAAUGUGCAUUCAAACGCCUUUUAGCUGUGGUGGCUAUUCCGAGGCACCUUUACCGGAAGUAUGAGACAACAGUUAGUUCGCAGUUGAGGAAACUGUCAGUUCUAGAAUCUUCUCUCUAUAGACACUCUGCCUGUCUUCCAUCCCCAAAUCUUCGUGCUCGAAUCUCUAGAAACUAGAGACAGUUAUCUUAGGUCUCUCCGCUAAUAACAUUUCCUGAGCAGUGAGAGCUAUUUAAUGUCAGAUUAUGUUAUUAAGCUUAAGGACGACAAAUUCAUUGUUCAGGCAACUCAGUCAAGAGUUUGUUCUAAGUAUUCUUCUUCUAACGUUGGCGAGGCAAAUGGGUCUCAUAGAGCGUACUGACUUUCCAAUUCAUGGUUAAUGUAACUAACCAGUGACUUUGUAACAAUAUUGAAGGUGAAAAAACACGCAGGUUUACGGCAUACUUUCUAUAAGCGUCCAGCUACGUGCCAAUAGAUGACCCGUGUAUUGUUAUGAAAGCAAGUAAUGCAGUUUAAUUGUUUCACACUCAUGUGUAAAUUCUGAAUCUACCGGUAACCCAUUCUUUUGUUUACAUCAGCUAUUAAACCUACCAUAGCAAUAUUAUUGAAAUUAAUUCAUUCGAGCACACGAACAAAAACUGAAAAACCUAUUUGAGACUGAGAAUGUUAGUGAGAUGACACUUCUUGUAUCAUGUUAGUAAAUUCUUUCUCUAUUAUCAGGCUAAUUCAAUUAGAUAGCCCUAAACAGGAGCUCCUACGUGUACCACAAAACGAAGAAAAAUUGCUUGCAGUUUAUGGAGCUACCGGAUGUAUGAGACAACAGUUUCUAAAGUUUCAGAGUGACUUUUGAGGGACUGUGGCCAGAGGUGAUCCGAAACGCGGCGAAACGGGUGUAAAGCAAGAGCCAAACUGCUGCUCCUCAGCACAAAACGUUUUCUCACAAUUUAGCCCCAACAGAGAGUCAUAAAAACUUACAAUUUCUAUUCUAUAAAUCGCGUGCUACCUGAAUUCGUGGUCUGCCUACCACGCAUGUCCGAGAAUGGACAAGUUGCAUAACUGAGGCUUUGAGAGCGCUCUCUUCUGGAGUUCGCAGAUUCGGUGACCUUUGGUGAACUGGAGACUGCAGUGCGCAAAAUGUGCAAUGAGGUUCGGUCCAUCUGCUGUUUUGUGGGUGUCGUCUGUUUUGCAGUCAUGCUAAUGGCUUUACAUGAACAUGCAUGCACCUCAGGGUGGUAUAAGGUCAAAAAUGAGGGUUUUUCGUCGAGCCGGCUCGGCUGCUUCAUCUGCGCCGUUAAUAAACACUGCUCAUAGGUUUUCUGAGGACACUUCUUUAGCAUUUUUCGCAAACGGCCUAUGUUCCCUGCGUAUUUUAAUUCGUUCACGGUGGAAACAGACUCGAUGGCGUGUUGAUAGGCGGCGUCUGACUUGUAAAGAUACAUUUCGGUUUGAACACCGGUAAUAAAACGACUGUUUCGAACUUCUGCCAUCCAUGUCCCGAAUGGGAGCUUCUGAAAAACCGAAUAAACCUAAACUGAAAUGUUGUUUCAUUAUCCACACUACUCUGGCGCCUUUGCUAUAGCUUAUUUUGUCGCUUUUCGACCUUCUAGGCGAUCGUUUUUUCCUAAUCCUCUUCGAUAGAAAGUAGGACUAGUCAGAUUAGUCUGCAUUCAUUCGAUUGCAAGCACUCAAGUUUCUUAUACGUUACCUCAUAAGGGACUUUAGAGGAAUCUUGAGUGGUGUCUCUAUGAUUGUUCAGACUUCGAGAACUUGUACUCGUUUUUGUAGGUUUAUAUUGCUGUCAAUAGGGUCGUGAAUGCUUCUGUCCGAUUCACUUAUGAUUUUUUGUUUUUUUACCGAAAAAAGUAAAUGUACUGGACAAUAUCCUGAAGGGAUUUUGGUGGACUUUUUAAUGACACUAGGGCUCACAAAUUCACCAGUUUUGAUGGCGUAUCAAUCAUCCCAUGAAAAUGUAUAUCCUACUUGGUGGAGGCGAAAUAUUUUAAGACACUUCUAGAGUCGUAUUAAAUACCAAUACCGAGGAAUCGAUUUUAUUUCCGGGAAUAAAAACAACUGCGUAUCAUACCCUAACCGGACUUUAGUAAGUUGCUCUUAAGGGUAGUAGUUUGAGUGGUUUUUUAGUUAAGAAUGACGGCAAUACCAAGUUCUCAAAGGACAGCUCUUAGUCAUUUAGAUGAGAUUUAGGUGGAUCGUCAUGGAACAGUAAUCAGGGUGAUGCCUUCCAAGAGCAUUAAUGACGAGAAAUCUCACAAGCAGUAAGACGCCGUUCUUUUCAUCCCACGAUCGCUAAACAGUUUGACAAGCGUAAAAUAUUAUUUAUUGCCGGUUUCAUCUACCGUCCAGGAGAGGAGCGCCUCAGUAGUCAAACAGAUGUGUCAAACCACUUUUUUGAACAUGUUCAAAAGAUCUCCUUUUAAUACAAGGGAACAGAUAUGUAUCCUAAACUAAAAUUAAACUGUUGCAUCUACGCAGACAGAAAGAACUGGCAGGACUUAUGAACUGACUGGGAUGUCGAGUUUCCGGAUGAAUUGGACCUGCGUCAGCUCAGAGUCUCAUUUACCAGUCACAACAAUCACGAAUUUACUUUAGUAACCAAGCUCCCGCCAUCACAUGCAGCCGUGCUGGCGGAUGGAGUCAGAUGAUAGCUAACCGACUAAAGGCUGCUGGAAAACAGACACCAAAUUUUUGACAACGCUUGCCUUGUAAGGGUGAUGGUAAGAAAGUAGAUUGAUGAAUGUGAAACGUCAGCAAUGAUGGACAUGCACCCGAUGGCUGUCAACCAAAAGUUUCUCCCGAAAGAGGUGACAGACACUUUCUAAAACUGACCAAAUCUCACACGUAGGAUUUCGUCAGGAACGGAGCCAGCUGAGCAAAUAUGUAAUUCCAGAAUGCUGGAAACUGUGUGAGUUAUACGCCAUCGGGUUAGGAGCAAGACUUUUACUGAAAAUGUUCUUAGGUUAGUUUACAACCAGAAUAGUACGGAUGCACUGACGGGUCUUACUCACAGAUAAUUUGAUUCUAACUGACAAAUUCCCAUUGCACUUUCGAAAACGGCAUAAAAUGCCCAGAGGUAGUUUUCAGUUAGCUCGUGUGUUUUGAAAGGAGUGGGAACCAGCGACAGGAGUCCCUUAAAGGAGCAUCUUAGUGUAGAUAAUUAUGCUCACUGACCGGAGACGUUUCGCAGCUAAUCCUUCGGAACGGUACUACCUCUAUUCAUCGACUGUGCUGCGCCAUACACUUAGUGAAGUUAACAUCUGGAGCUGUUUGGGGUCUGUGCCGCUCCCUAUUUUUGCUGUGGUAUUAAAUCCUGGUCAGUGUCCGUUGGGGACCAGUACGUCUAGGUGCGGGUUUUCUCCGUGCCAGCCAUCCGCGCCCUCUACAGCCUCCGGUCUUCCUGACUUUGUCUUUCCGCCGGGUGGAGGAGGGAGUGAGAUAGAUGCAGCGCAAGUCACAGUCCCUAUUUUUUAACCAGUGGGUCUCGUCGCAGACGGUCGAAUAGUUAUUUUAAUAUUGCCUCUAUAGUGGAAUCGGUCUAAGAUCCGUUCAUUAUUAUUUCUAAACUUCAGUCCAUUCGUUUGUGUCGGUUUGCGAGUGCUUAACAAUAUUUCGUAAACUUCGACACAUUUCACGGGUGAGGUCACAUACUGUAUUUGAGCCCCGUUACAGAGGCGAUUUAAAAAUUCUUAAUAUAGUGCCUUAUGUACGAACUAACUGACUUCCUGCUAAAUCAGCAUUAAGGAUCUCGUAUCUACCAGAGUAUACGCAUAUUCCCAUAUCCAUUUUAACAUUACGGAAGUGGUAUUUAUGAAAAUGACAUUUUUCGACAUAAUUACUUAAAAUGAGUUUUCCGUCGCGCUACUGGAGAACAGUAAUACGGUCUGUAAAAAAGGAUGCCAAAUAUACCAGGGUAUUUGGAGUGCUUUGAGAUUAGGUUUCAUUUUGUUUAGUACGUAGUCGACCCUGGUCGAUAGCUUUUAUAGAUCUUAAAUGAGCUUUCAGUUAAAUACUUUUCUAAAAAUAGUGCAAAAAACCACUUAUUGUUGUUAUCAACAGAGACAACAACAGCCCGAACUAGGCGGAAUCGCAAAAUGGCGCAGUGCUGGAAACCUGCUCGGAGAAAGCUCUCGCGCUGCAUCCCUCCAACCCAACCAAAUUCGUACUAAGGACUCAGUGGUCAGCAGUUCCGACGAGCUCUUUUUUCCCACUGAUACCAAGUCAAAACCCAUUAAAGGCAAAAAGUCCAGACAGAAGAACAAGGGCAGUGCGGACGAAGGCGGUAGUUCGUCUCGACGCUGGACCGCGAAAAAGUCUAAAAAGGAGGUGAAAGGUGUCACUAAUGGUAAAGGUCGCUCGGACGUUGCAGAGCAGGCUGUUAUUCGAACUGCGUCACUGCCCGACUUUCUCGAGAAUGAGCCAUUUUCAGCUGCCCACCAAAGAGCGGACGCCGGUAAGUUAUCAUUUUUAUUUUGUCUGCGAUUUAAAAUGUUACAGUCUGUGCAAUGCGAGCCCAGAGCUUGAGGUGUGUUCAGUCGUGUCCAGUCGUACUCAUAGCUGCAUGUCUUCAAGCAGUUCUGUUCUGCCAUCUUACAAUGAGACCAUGGCUUGUGCUGUUGAUACGAUUUCUUUCCAUGCGCUAAUAUGGAGUCGGAAUCCCACUCACAUAGAUUCCACUCCACAGUUUCGCACACAGCUCACUGACCGCAAUGCAGAAUGGUCUACGCGGAGCUCAAAAUGAAAAAGCCGAUGUUCGAGGUGUAAUUCCAUGUCGGCGGAUUACCAUUUCUGGAACGGAAAGCGAUUGGCCCAUGAGGUCCCAAAGUAACCGUGACACUAUCUCAUGCGUAUUCCUUUUCGUGUCGAGUUUUUCGUCUGUACGACAGCGUGAACUCGCAGUCGGUGACGACAGUAUGCGGGGCAUUUUUUGAAACUGACCAGUGAGUUGGAGAACACACAUGGUGAUCGCUUCGAAGCAAAACAUCCAUGCAAAUUUGGAAGGUUCGCGAUUGGGAACGGUCUUAGAGCAGGUUUUUCAGACUGUGUUUGCUUUCUUUUUCUCCUUUACUGCGCUAAUGAGUGUUCAGAUUAUUAGUGUUACGGACUAUUGCAACUGCCUAUUGAAGUUAUUCGCCUCCUGUGUGUAUGAGGUUUCCCUGCAUCCAGCGGGUGGGGGCUGCAGCAAAUGGGUCGUAGAUUACACAGAACGAAGUCUUGAGCUCGACUGUUCUAUUUCGCCUUCGUGUAUGCGUUGAUCCGCUUUGCAAAUUCCCCAUAUGCCUAUGUCUUAGGAAAUGUUACUCCCUAUAACAAUCGUAGACCGAAGGAUGUGGGUAAAUUAGACUCUAGCUCUUGUAGAAUUGUGUAUUCCAUAUAAACCAACGAGGUGCCGUGAAAAAUCAGAAACGAAAUACACUUAUAUAUAUGCCUAUCUUUUACGUGUUCGCCAUUCAUUACGCACUGACGUCGACGCACAGUAAAUAAAUUGAUGAAAGGGGCAACAACCAGAUGGUUUUUAUGGCAUAAGUACCCAAUUUCUAUCGCCGGCUUGCCUGUAUGAAGGUGUAAUUUGGAGUCAAAGCAUUUCGCAUGUGAGGAUAGAAGAAUUUAGCAGGCGGGAUCAGCAUUCCGAAGUGUGCAACCUCUGAUGUUCCCUUUUUGAGCAACCCGAAUAUAUUUUUAAUAGAAGAAAGCUGUAGCUUUAUGUGAUUUGACUCCAGUUUUUUAUGGCAUGAACAAAACUCUCAACUCCAACCACAUAGGUGGAACACUGACGAUCUUCCUGGGUGACUGCGGUCUGCCAGAUGCCUACCGACAGUUGAAAUCCUCGCCCUCAGAAAGCGCGCGACAGCUGAUUAACCGACUGUUGGCAAUUUACGGCCUUAACACUCAGGCCGUUGCGAACAACUCCUAUUGUCUGCAGCAGAUUAAUAUACCGCCCAAGCACGAGCGUCUCCCGUAAGUAGUGUUCUCUCUAUGACUUUGGCUUUCUUCUUCCAUUCUAUUCCCUUUCUCUUCUUUCUCUUUCGCGUCUACUAUUUCUUCAUCUGCGUCCCAGUAUUCUCAACUUCUCUCCUUCCUCGUAACUUCGUUUCUGCCGCCUCGUCCUCCUCCGCCUCCCCCUCCAUUGUCUCUAACCCCUACCUAGUUCUUGCCCUCCGUGCCUCUUUGAAUUCAAAUUGUCCUCUUUUGCUCCUUCAUAUUUUCCUCUCGCUUCAUUGCGCUAUUGCAUCAACUUUUCCUUUUCCCCAUUUUUAUUUGCCUCAUUCUUCUAAUUCUUGAUAGGAUCCCUCCUCGUGGCCCUCUCCUUGCCUUUAUCAUUGUCAGCCUCCCUUCCUAUUCCAAACUCUUCUUCCUCGCCAUCUCCCUGCUUCCUCUUCUUCCAAUUCUCGGGCACUUCCUUUACCUCCUAUCCUUUUACUCCUGUUCUUCUUCCGCCUCUCUUGCUUCGUUAAUUAUUUAAUUUCUUGUUUCUCUCUCUGCUACACCCGCAUUCUUUGCAUGUUUUUCGCUUUCAUUCCCCAUUAUGACCUUUCUUCUUUCUUUACUGCUUUCGAAGUUUGUUUUCAUGAAGCCCUCCUUUCAUUUCUCCACUCUCAUUCCGUUUUUACUUUUAUCUUUCCCUGUUUUCCUCUGCCAUCAAUUUUUCCUUUCUCAUUUCUGUUACCAUUUUGCUAUUCCUUUUCUUUCCUCUCUCUAACUCCUGAUUUUCUAAUAUUUAUUUCUAUUUUCGGUUUCUUUUAUAUUUCUCUAGCUUGCUAUACCCUUGUGCCAAUACAUUUUCAAUCUGAUCGCAUUUUCUUCACCCUCAUCUUAUUCUGCGCUGUUUUCUCGUUAUUCUGGCUUUCCUCUGAAAUAAUCCCGCAAAAUCAAUUAUGAUUAGACAGUAGGAGCAAGAUUUUUUCCCGCAAUUUUUCUUUUUCUCAACUCCUUUCUUCAGGAUUUUUCUCCCUCCCUAUGUACUGUACGUUCACACUAUCGCUCCCGGCUGUCACGACCACUAAAGUCAUCACCAUUGCCAUCCCCGACAAAAUCCCGUUUGCGAAUCGCUGGGUUUAUUUCUACUGAGUUAUGGACUAUCUCUUUCUCUAGACUGGAUGUCCCGGCACAGGUCUACCUUCGUCCUGACGACAGACCUCUCCAGAUAAUGCGUAGGUCUAUGGCUCUUUACCCGAACAUACGAACAGAGCUACAUCUGAUGAAUGCUGAAGAUGUCGGGGCGAUGGGCGACGACUACUCCUCGCAACAGUACGUUAAUCUCCCUCAACAGCGCAAUGCUAACGACACUGAUGACGACGAAGCCAUCACCCAAACGGGGCUUAGAAUGCAAGGCAACCGACCGAAGACCACGCCGUCACCGCAGCCAGCCUCAAGGCAUCAUGGGCCACCCUGCCUGGUCGAAGUCAAUGAGGACGGAAGCUUCAAGCAAAACAAGGGCUUACAAUUUGUGCUGCUUGGGCUUGUGCAGCCGAAAGAGGCGUCAAGUCGGGGCGGGACACCUAUUAAGAUUGGUUCCUCAAGAAAUGCUGUCGGGCCGACCCCGAACAUUCUCAUUGAUUCUGUAAGUCUUCCUUUUUAUUGCGAUAAAUGAUGCCUAUUUUGGUUAUAAUAGUAGGCAGUUGUUUUCAUUUGACCACCUGACUGAGAAACACCACAAGGUGUCAGACUGAGUAGACGAAGCAUCACAAAUGCCUGCUGUAAACAGAAAUUCGCCUCUUAUGUCGACAUCUCAGAAAUAUUUUAAAAGACUGAUUUAGGUCGGAAUUGAAAUAUAGGGCAUUCGGAGGAGUUCAUUCGCCAUCUGCUGACUCAGGAGUUUGAGUAUUGGAAGCUCACUGGCCAUCCAACAUAAAACCUUAAAAAUGGGUAUCACUCCAGUCUCUCUAUGGGGAACUUUUCAAUGAGGAAUGUACCUCAUCCGUCAGUUUUCCCCGAGUGUCCUCUUUAAACGUCUCAUAACCGGUUCAUUGGGUUGGAUUCUGAAUAAUUCAGCAAAUAAUUGUUUUGCGUGAGCCCGUGACUAAUCGAAACUGAGUUCAGCUGACUCUAGUAGCCACCUACAUAAUUGAUUUUAGUUUAUCAUAACUGAAAUUGCACCGCUUGCUGACCUCCCACGGAGCAACUUUCGCAACAAGUAAUCUGUAGUUUUCAUAUGGUUUCUGAAAAUUUUUUCGUUCUUUUUGGACUCAAUGUGCCUCCCGAAUAGAGUUAGAUAAAUAAAUCUGCACCUUUUAUGAGCAAAACGAGCUCAUAGUGGUCCGGACAGGUACGGUGUUCGGAAGAGUUAAUGGUUAAAAUGGUGGUUUAUCUGAAGAAAAAUAAAUACGACAAAGUAUUCGUUACUCACAAGAAUAAUGAGGAGAAAUGGAAUUGCUGAAAUGAAGGGAGAUUAGUCGUCAGAACUGACACUGUUUUUUUAGGCUUUGUGAAAAUUGCCUGAGAUCAUUGUCAGAGACAGAGAGCGAGCAGCGGCAAAUGGACUGCUCUUACGUUCCCCAUGGCGUAUCGGCCAUCUAUAUCCUCUGCUCAGAAAAGAGCCUUCAUCGUCUCACAGCAAAAUCACAACAAAUAGACAGGAGCCAAAUUGAUGUGCUGGUUUAUAGGAUUGGCAACAGACGUACCGGUCUCCAGUAGUUAUCGCAAUAUAUUUGUGUAAUAUAUUAUUGCCGACAAAGACAGCGGAGACCGGAAUGUCCAUUUCUGGCUUAUUAGCCGUCGUCAGCCAGUCAUACUCAACCCCGAAGUGUGGAACACCCGAAGUUCGAACUCGCAACCUGUUAGGUAGAAGUCCACGCCUCUAACCACCGGGCCACGAGCCCCUUGUCCUGUCCGUUUCGACCGGGAAUAUAUAACGUUAGGGGGCGCUACCGAUCGUUCUUACGGAACUCACUCGUUCCGUUGUGCCUUGCGGGCUCUCUCUCGAGCCCAACUAGCAGCCGCGCAGCGGCGCAUGAUAUGGGCAGUAUUUUAUUACCGACAAAGAGAAGGGAGACUGAUUGGGCUGCUGGUCGGGCUCUAGAGAGAGCCCGUAAAGCACAACGGAACGAGUGAGUUCCGUAAGAAAGAUCGGUGAGCGCCCUCUACCACAUUUAUGUAAUUUUCUUUCUGUUCAUAAAGUCGUAUCUGACAGCCUUCAGAGCAUAGGCAGCGAUUUUGGACAGUCGGCCAACCCAUCCACAGCGCCAAUUUACUUUUCUAUAUUCUUGAGCCCAGUGGUCUUGCGGCUAGGCUACAGAAUCUUAAAGAAGAACGAAGUUUUCGAUAAAUUCUCAUCAGGUCAAUACAUUUAUAUUGCUGUCGAAAUGAUUAAAAAGAAAAUGCGGGCAAACAGAAGUUUUUCUGUAGCUGGGGUUUGGGGGGGAGGAUCUGGGUGGGUGAGGUGAAAAACAAAAUUACCGUCAAUGUCAGGGGGGAGAAGAGGAUGGCGGGCACUGGGACGGGUAAUUAUACGAGGUGGUUGGCAUGGUGUCUUUGCCCCAUGGUAACCGCAGGGACUGUACGAAGUUCUUUUGUGCGCAUAGAACUGGUUUGUAUAGCCUGAUUGCAGCCACCUCUGCUGUUGUCAACAGACGUUGGCCAAUUUAUUUUGGUUAGCUUGACUGGACCUUGUCAAUCACUCGGAAUGCCUGGCCGGUAUCUACAUAGUGAUCUGUGUCUACCAUGUGGACGAGGAGAGAGUUGUUGACGUUCUUCAUUUGGCCCUUUCCUAACCAUGUUGGAAGGUGUUCCCUUAUUCUUUUGGACAGACGCCGGCUCGUGCGACCAACAUAUUCUGCCCCACAGGAGCAGGUGAAGGAGUAAAUACACAUAGAAGUUGUCUGGGCUGGCAGUUUGUUCUUGCCUUCUCCGUGUAGGAUGGGGCAGGUGGAGAAGAGUACACGGGCGUCAGCUGCUGGAAAGGUGCGUGAUACAGCUUGAGUUAGGCGCCUUCUUAGAAGUUCGCUUGACGCGUUCCCUUGAAAUGGGACCCCGACGAAAAGCUUCUUCUUUUCUGCUAUCAGCAUUGGGAGUUUUGGUGGUCCUUCGGUCAUCUACUUGGCAAUGAAUCGAUCGAAGUACCCGUCCUGGCGAAAGAGAUUUUCGACAAUUUUAAGUUCUUCUGCAAAACUAUCAGCCGAGCAGAUCCUCCUUACUCUUUGUCUUAAACAACAGUCUAAAUUGCUCUUCGUGUCUAACGGUACGAAACUCCCGAAAUUGGUGUGUUGCCCGGACCACGUCUUCUUACGAUAGACGCUACGUCGAAUACUGCCGUCAGGCCUUCUACUUCUACUUACUUCGACAGCAAUAUAAAUGAAUAGGCCUGAUGAUAAUUUAUCGGACGCUUACGUAUGCUCACCAAAUUGUCUUUUGAAUUCAUCGAUGGGAAUUUUCGCAAAUCUGAUAAACGAAGCAUUGAAUCAGAUAAGUCACUUAGCUACGAUCACUUUAGCCCUGAUCCACAUGAGCAUUUUGUACAUGGUAGCCCGCAGAAAGGACAUGGGGCUCCAUCAUCCGAUGAUCCGACGACAUUUAAAAGCAAGAAUAAAUAUUGUUGGCACUCAGACGAACAUUACAAAGUUGCUAUAUCCAUAAUGACCUUGCAUUGUCCCUGUUAGUAGGCUCAUGGUCUAAGUACAGGAAUUAUGACAAAUAAAAUGACUUGCGCGCUCAACUUCUCUCCCUCAUUCUAACAAGCACCCGGAACUUUAUCUCAGACCUCCUCCUCCAUAAACAGUUAUUUUACUAUGUUAGGGGGCGCUCACCGAUCGUCCUUACGGAACUCACUCGUUCCGUUGUGCCUUACGGGCUCUCUCUUUCUCCAGCCCGACCAGCAGCCGCACAGCGGCGCAUGAUAUAGGCAGUAUGGAAUCACCAACAAAGAGAAGGGUGACUGGAAUGGCCAUUUCUGACUUAUUGGCCGCCGUCAGCCAGUCUCUGUCAGUAAUACCAUACUUCCUAUAUCAUGCGCCGCUGUGCGGCUGCUGGCCGGGCUCGAGAGAGAGAGAGCCCGUAAGACACGACGGCACGAGUGAGUUUCGUAAGAACGAUCGGUGAGCGCCCCCUACCAUUGUAUAUUCCCGAUCAAAGCCGACAGGGCAACGGGCUCGUGGCCCAGUGGUUAGAGGCGUGGCCUUCUAACGAACAGGUCGCCAGUUCGAGCCUCGGGUGUUCCACACUUUGGGGUUCGGUAUGACUGGCUGACGACAGCUAGUAAGCCAGAAAUGGCCAUUCCAGUCUCCCUUUUUUGUGGGUAAUUCCAUACUGCCUAAAUUAUUUUCCUCGCUAAAUUCCACGUCGCCUCUUACAUAUUUAUUUCAGUCCAGAUACCCAGACAUUCGGCCAGUGCACUGUUCCCUCCUGCCAAACACUGCUGCUACGCGCAAUGGCGACCGCUCCGCCGUCCUGAUCUCGCCAGCACUAGACAUCUCGUCUAGACCACCGGGACUGGCACCAGUCUUUCUGAACGGUAGGAAGGUCACCGGUCCGACUCCAUUAUUCGAAGGAGCAGUCAUCCGCCUUGGACGAAAUCUCAACCUGCGUUACAUAGAGCAGGCGCCCAAUGAGGCGGAAGCUAAUAGGCAGCGAACUCCCCACUCUGGUGGAACUGCUUUCAGUGGAUCAACACCAGCACUGGCUGCCAGGGUUCCGGGCGAUGUACACCAGCGCUCUGCUACUCUUGAGCCGCGACUCAAUUCUGCGGCAGUUGUGGGGCCGGCCAAGGGUUCUGCCAAGGAGUACAAACAACGGGCAGCAACUGUAAGUGACGAAAAAGCGAAAGGACUGAAAUGGCUAUUUCUGGCAUACAGUGUGUGAUCGAUCUCAUGAAAUGUUGGCCAAAUUCAGGACUGCGUCUCCGAUUAGGAAGGAUUAAUUAAAUAGGGUUAUCAUACUGAUUGGCAUGCAGCAUAACCCUAUAACAUUUCGGACUCGCCAGGAUAGCGGCUUUUGAAUGCCCUUCUUUUUGACCUCCUGCGUAUACCACACUCGGUAAAAAAUGACAACUUAAUUAGCAUGCACUUUUCCAAUUGAUUUUCGAUGGUCUUAUAAAUGCAAAUAUAUUUUACAGAACACAUGAACAAAAAUAUGCUUUUCUGCUCAUUUGGUAGGAAAUCACAUUGACUUUAUAUUUUAUGUCCGAGGAAAGUGUAUAUUAAGGUUCUCAACUCCCGAAUAACUUUGAGUCAGAUCAGCCGUUGCAUUAGCGAUUAGAGGUUUCAGUCUGCAAGGUGCAUGCUUUUCGCUUAUAGAAAAUCAUAUAUUCCUCUAUGUCUUUAAGAAGAUACUACAUAGAAUUCAUGAAAUUUUGCAAUGGAUCCGGGCUGUUUUGUACAUUUCAUGAGGAGCAUAAGUAAACGGCCAUGUGCGAUCUUGCAUGCAUGGACAUCGCACGGUCUUAAAAAUCUCAUAAUUAAAAACUUCUUUAAAACCUAAACAUACACUUUCUUCGGGCAUUAACUAUAAAUAAAAUGUGAUCUCCUACCAAAUGAGCAAAAAGGCAUAUUUUUGUUCACGUUUUUUGCAAAAUACAUUUGAAUUUAUAAGAUCAUCGAAAAUCAAUUGGAAAAAUGAAUGCCACUUAAGUAGUCAUUUUCUACCGAGUGUGAUGUCCGCAGGAGGUCAAAAAGAAGUGCAUUCAAAAGCCGUUAUCCUGGCGAGUCCGAACUGUUAUAGGGUUAUGUUGCAUUAUAAUCAGUAUAACAACCCCACUUAAGUAAUCCUUCCUAAUCGGUAAGGUAUUCCAGAAUUUUAGCCAACAUUUCAUGAGAUCGGUCGCGCACCGUAUUUGUCGUUAUUGGCCAGUCCUACUUCCGGAAGUACGUGGGGCAAAUGUAGGGUGAAGGACUCCACUUAACUGUCGGUAGACUGUGGAUCGUGUCAUAUGGGGUUUUAUCUUGGCCUCCGUUUCGGGGCUGUUGCAGCCAGGGUCCUUCAUCCAGCCGUUGCCAAACUUAGGUUUGAAUCCGUGUUCAGCUGCCCAUUUAGCCUAAUGAUCUAAAAGUUAAAUCAUAUGUCCAUACGCUAUCUGAUUGCGAUAGGAAUUUCGAACGUCAUGCACGUUUUUUAUGUUCAAUGGUCGGAUCAAGUAAUAGAGUGCAAAAUGGGAAUUCUUUCUCGUCUUGGAGGUCCGAUAUGUGGCCUUUACGAGCAGCUGAACAGCAGAUUCAGAUAUAAAGCUAUCGCGGUCGGGCUUUAUAGUAUAAUUAACCGAUGACUAGAAAGAGUGCAGUCUUGUAGAAAUAUGCGCGAUUUUGCUUAUUCCAUCGGGUUGUCGGUGAGCUGUCGGCACGGUUACAUGCGCCAGGGCAAACCACGUAUUGGUUCACGAGAUUCAAUUGUUGAUUAGCCUUGCAUUUCUGGGUGGAAUACAGCCAUUGGUCAAAAUUUGUUCCACUUGAAAUGUACAGUGGACAAUCGGAUUUAUGAAACAUCGACCGAAAUUUUCCAUUGCCCUCUCAAAUAAAGAGCAGUACGCACGCGAGAUUGUAAGACUGAUGAGAUUGAAAAGUAGUCAGAGGUUUAUCUAGCGUAGCACUUGGUCUAUUCACCGGGACUUUUUCAGUUAUCCAAUGGCACUCCUACCUAAGACAUGCUGCUCAGGUAGUGCGUGCUUUCCAUCGAUUUGUGCUUUAGUAAGUCAUGUGAUUUUUCUAAGAAUGUACAAAUGACAUCUCUAAUUAUCGUUUUUACGCAAUUUGCCCCCACUUCUGGCAAAACACCUGAAAGUAUUUAUAAUUUUGACUUCUCAAAAUUUUAGGAAAGUGUGUAAUUUCAAAAAACGAUCUCCGUUUUUAGAUAAAUUUAUACGCCUGUUCUGCACCUAAGACAAAAAGAGAACCUCUCUUCCUUGUGACAUUGCAUAUUCUCAGUCACAAGCGACAAUAUAUUGAUUCGUAGCUGUUGUGCCAGGGCAACUAACGGACGGGUUCGAAUUUCACAUGCCCAUCGGGAUUGGGAUAUGCCCUGGAAAUAAACUGGGAAAGACCACUAAUGUCUCCUUAUCUUCGUCGGUAGUACUUCAAGACUCCCCAUUUACUUGGCUUGCACCAAAAUUGGUUUUGUGUUAUUGGACAGGAAGCUCCCUGAUUCCAGAAAAUAUUGGAAAAAACGGUGUGCACUUAAACUCACGUAAUAUUCGCUCACCAAAAUUUUCAGUUAUGCAUUUGAACAGGUAAACUUAUCUGUGACCAGGGGAUUAAUCGGGGUUAAGGUAACUGGCCUGUGGUCGACUGGUGGUCAUUGGUAAAAGGAAUUGCAAAAGUUACACGCGUGGGGGCUCUAAGUGAUCCAAACGCAACCUCAAAUGUCGCUGAAGCAGUAAUGUCAUGUAAGCGGCAGUGUUUGUUUAAGAAAACAAUGUGUUGAUGAAACUGCACCAUACUGUACGUAAUGAGGCAAUGAGAACGCCUUAGCAAUCCUGUGUGAAAAGAGCGACCGCCAUUACCGAUACCGAGCCAAUAAUACAGUAAUGAACCAUCCCUUAGCGCAAUAGUUGCUUGUUAUGCGAGUUAGUGAAGGAUAUGUAAGUAUUUGUGACGCAAUCGUCGACAGUGCAUAGCUGCGGGUACAACACGCAACACGUCUGUCGGUUCCGGUCUUAACAAACACAGGACAAGCAUUAGAUUAAGGGGUUUAAGCAAGCUAUACGGUUACUUAAACCUAAGUCAGCCCCAGCCGACAACACUAUCGCCAAUAAAGGGGCAAUCUAUCCGAGCGAUCUAAUCGACUUAUGUAGCAAGGAAUGCGUACUUUGUGCAACAAAGUGUAGCGAUAGCUAAUCUUGCACUAGUAAGUAAUCUAAAGCAGCAUCCCAAAACAGUUUAGACGUCAGUGAAAGCUGACUUCUAGUUAAAAAUGUUUGCAGUAGUCUAUGUAACUGACGCUCGCGUACCAACACUACUUAAGUUAGGUGUUCCCAUUAAUUUUCGGUUUUUGGAUGAGUUCCAGGAAAAGAUUUAUACGAGGUUCACUUGUUUUGUGAGAACGUUCGAGCGACCAGAAGAAGUACAAACGUAAGGCCAUGUGUUCGAGUGAGUGAUUCAAAAUAAAUACUGCAACUAUCUGUGCAUAGAUCACCCGUUUCUGUCAUUGCCUCUAAGGAUGGGUUCAAGUGAAUUCGAAAAGUCAGGCAAAUAAAGUCCUUGUUCCAGCAAUCGCUUUUACUUCUUUUCAACUAGUUCCUGGAACUCGCAUCUUCGCUUGUAUCGGCAAUUCAAAAUAUGCCUUGUUUAAUUUCAGAGGAAAUUAAUGCGUGCGUUGCGACGCGUUCUUGGUCACUGACGACAUCCCCUUCCCUCUGUGACUGAAACUAACUGUUCUGCCCCUAAAGCUUUACCUUGAAUACUCCCGAUUAUAGUUGAUAGAAUGUGAGACGUGAUGCAAUUAUCGGGGCACUAGGCCCUCUGAAAUCCUGAGCGUGGGUUCAAAUCUCAGGUAUUCCUCGUCUGGGCUGAGGUUAAUUGACGAAAGUGGCUAAGUCAAGACUGGUUAUUUCGGUUCCAUUUACCUUCCCCAAUAAAAUAUCUCGAUGUUCCUCUUUUUGCGUUAUCUCUAAUUCGUACGAGAUUGGUAGUCUUUUUCCAGUCAGAAAUAUACGCAAAGCAAUGUUUAGAAUUAUUAUUACUCAAAAGGCAAUUUGGCAAGCAUACGUCUGCUUUCGAUAAAUUAUCCUCAGGCCUGGCUAUUGAAGUAAUGAAUUAAAAGAUACGGGCAAGUAGAUAAUUAAGCUGUAGCUCGGGUUUGGAGAGGGGAGGGGAGGGGAGGGAGAGAGUGAAACACCACAAUUCCAGUCAGCGCCAGGGAGAAGGUGGGUCCCGGCGAAGAUAAUUACAUGCGGGUGGCUGGCUUGGUCGCUUUACAUCAUGGCAACUGUGGGACCUGUAUGAAGUUCUUCAGUAAGCAUAGGACGGUUCCGCAUAGCCUGAUUGCAGCCGCCUCUGCCGUAGCCAACAAGCACUGCCCAAGCAGUUUUGGAUAGCUUGAUGGGACCUUGUAAAUCACUCUGAAGGCCUCUCUAGCGUCUACACGGUGGUCUGUGUCUAACAUGUGCGCGAGGAUUGAGCUGUUGAUGUUCUUUUGGAUAAACGCCGGCUCGUGCGACCAAUAUAUUCUGUCCCACAGGAGCAGGUGAAAUAGUAAAUACACAUAGAGGUGGUCUGACCUGGUAGUUUGUCCUUGCCCUCUCCGUAUAGGAUGGGACUGGUGGAGAACAGUACACGUGUGUCAGCUGCUGAAAAGGUCUGUGAUACAGCUUGAGUCAGGCGUCUUUUUCAAAGUUCACUUGGUGCAUACCCUAGAAAUGGGACCCUGAUGAUCCUGGAGCAUAUAAUGAUUAAAUGGUCGCAACUCCUGCAUUUCUAAGGUGUAACUCUGAUCAAAACGGCAAAGUAGUCGGGCGAAUACUCAUGGAGAUAAGGGGUUCAGAAACAGAAAAUGCGUAAUCCGGCUGUUAAUGGUGCCUUGCGUGACCGCCAGCAACCUAGAAAUACUCGUUAGCCUGGCGGCUCAAAACCAAAGUUCCCUGGUGUAGCAGUUUGGUAGUAUUUGAUAAUAUGCAGGCUUGUUUUGCUUAAGGUGGUUGCACACGAUUAUCUGGAGUUCUCUGUAAAUACUCAAAUGUGGAACAAGUAUAUGUAAUCGAGUCUAUUGAGACCAACAGAUGUUCCGACUGAUUUUUGCUGCUUCCCGACGUCUAACAAUAUGAAUAACGAAUAUCGGAUACAAGACCCUACGUAUGCACACAAACUUGAACGAUGGCAUUUAUUUAUUCAUCUCUGCCCUUAAAUGCAAGCGUAAAGGUGACUAACAGCCAGGCCAGCUGAGCACUAGUGCAAAUGACGCUUAAAGUCAAAAAAACAACAUUCCUUACUCUGCCGAUACAUGCGAAUAUGCGAGUGCCAGGAACUAACUGAUAAGAAGUAGAAGCGCUCGCUAAAACAAGAGCCUUAUUCGCCUGAAGUUCCUGAUUUUCGCUCGAACCCAUCAUCAGAGACAGCCAUAGACAGACUCGUUUUUGUCACUGUCUCUGAUGAUGGGUUCUAGCGGGAAUCCGAAAAGUCAGGCGAAUGAAACUCUUGUUCCAGCGGUCUCUUCUACUUCUUAUUCCUUACUCUUUCACCGCGCGGCUUCCGCUAGACAGCAGAUAUUGCUUUAAGUCAAAAAUAUUCCUUCGAAUUCAUAUUGAUACGCGAACGGCUUGGAUAUUUAUGUUUGGAAGUGAUCUACAAACGGAGAGAAGACCUGGCCGUGCAAACGCCUAGACCACAUGGUAAGCUGGACAUCACCCUUUUCGCCCCCCCCCUUCCCCAAUACUUUUAAUUUGUACACCCCUUUUGCGUUAUCCUCCUUUUUCUUCUAUUUAUAUCACAUGUAUUACGCCUCUUUUAUUGGUUAGACUGUAUAUACCGGACUGUGGAUCUGUGCUUUUUCCUACCCAUUUUCCGAGCAAAUUCAAGCUGCCACGUAUUUGUUACUCGUUUAUCAUGUUAUGGGACGACUGGAAUAAUCUAGAGCGCAGUUGCGACGUUUGUUAGCGCCAAUAGCUUCACCUACCCAUUCCUAUUCUACAUAUAUCAGGAUCAGAGUGCCUUACAUUCUGCCAUUGGACGUAUAAUCUUUCACAAAAAAAUCGAUUCGCUAUAUUAAAACGAGCUUCGACAAGGCAAGCUUUCUCGAACCUGUGAAAUGUCUACACAUGAAUGUUUAAGUAUAGAGCUACAGGCAAAAAGAUUUCCGCCGAAGUUUGCGGUCUUAAUCUUAACGCUUGUUUUGCAUAAACUUAAAGACAAGGCGUUUGAAAAAUGGACUCCUAUGGAUAAAUCAACGUUGUAUAGGAAUCUUCAGUCACUCAGAUUCUCCUAGGUACCGGAAUAUGCAAGAUCCCGGACUAAUAAACCCUUUGGUUAUGCCGACUUGCUUACUACUAUCCUUUAAAAUUAUCUAUACAGAGUAUUCAUUAGGUCGUUUCAAUUCAAUUAGGCUUCUUCUUAGUUGGUGUCUCGCCUCUUGUGUCGCAGAACACAAACUGUUUAUUUCCACACUAGGUUUCCUCUGACGGAGUGAUCGGUGGAACAAAGGUAACGCAACUCUGGACUGACCAAUUGCCAAUCUGUGUGGAUAUUAUCCUGCCCGAUACGGCCAGCUACCAACGGACCUCAAAGUCCGAGUUUGCUGCGGAGUUUCACGAGGCCUGCUGUGAUGUCAUCGACGCUAUUCUGGAAGUGGCUAGGAACCUGGCAGAAAAGUCGGCCAUUUCGGCGGGUGGAGCCGACACUCGACUACCAGCCAGACGUCCGCCCCUCUUUGUGCUCACUCCAGCCUUUAUGCUCUAUGCUGUACUUCGAAGUUGCCUCCGCCGCUGGCGGGCUGUCAAGCUGCCAGACGACCAUCGUGAGCACUACCUGACCGGUGUACUUAAUCACAUAGGCAGUCAGGUGUUUCAGGUUUGUAUGCACAAUUUUAUCUACUCAAAUGCAUAUUAGUAAAAAAUAUAUAUGUCAAAUUUACCAACCACGCUUGUUGUGUUGUUCAGUCCUCACAGACACUUCCGGAGGCUGUUGCCGGGACCCGGGCCACACGGGCCGCCAUCAGCCACAUGAUGUUUUGGUUGGCCAACGCUAGUGAGCUGCUGAACUUCAUUAGAAAUGAUGAAGACAUUGCGGUGCAUGCAAACAACGGCACGAAAAAGAACUCCGUCACUUAUCGACCAGAUGGCCCAUCGGUCUGCGACGGAGUGAGUCUUUUGGAGCGUUCUAUCGACUUCACCUUUCACGAGCUCCAAAAUUUGAUGUUACAACAUGUGGAACAACUGAUGCCCUCCAUUCUGUUCCCUGGGGACUAUGAUCUUCAAGAUGAUGUACGUUUGGAUGACCGCCCUAGAACCUUCCUGUCAGACACAGUUGAUAUGCCUAAUCAGGAGGCCAGCGUUCAGCGUCUUCUUCAAGCUCUUUCCUACUUGAUGUUGAGUUUACGUCAGGCGUGCGUCAACGUAUCUUUUGCCUUCCAACUAUUUGCCGCCAUUUUCCAUGCACUUGGAGCCUGGAUCUUCAAUGCCAUCAUCGCCGCCGGGGAGGGGAAGCAGUCUGCUCGUGGUCGUCCACCUCCCGGAGGGGCUUUGUGGUUAACAAGACUUGGAGCUGGUCGCCUGAUGCGGCGACUUCAACGCAUGAAACAAUGGGCUGACAGGCACGGUCUAGAGCAGACCUUUGAAGGACACUUUCAGUUGCCCAUUCAGACCUGUCUUCUGAUAACAUGCGAUCGCUCUAGAUUCCAGCCCUUCCAGCGACGGAUCCUCGAAUUACGUGCUUUAAAUAGUAAACGCAUUGAGUGGCUGUUAGGCCAUCUUGGCGAUCCACCAGCACUACCGCAAGAAUGGCUUAACAGCAUCCUGAAAUCUGCCCGGGAGGUAAGGAAAUGCUAAGUACAUUUUCUCCUAAGAAGUUCACUCGACCUUUGAGACAAGACCUUUAUUAGCCUUCCUUUUCGGAUUCAUAAUCGAAUUCGUGAGCAGAGCCGGAAACAGCGAGCAACUGAAAGGCGCAGAGUUUUCAACUGUUGUGUUGGCGCGCGUCUAUUGAUCCUUAAAUGCGUUAGAGUCACUGACGGCCGAUUCUCAUCGCAGGUGCUCAUAAAUAACGCUAUUAUUGUCUGGUCGACCAUGUAUGAGUCGCUUAUACCAGCAUCGUCAUACCUAUUCUAAUAAUUUAUGUGUUAAUGACUUUGGAAUUUGGACUUUUCGAUGCCAUCUACCUCAACAGUGUGCAGUUGCGCAUUUCCCUUGUGCGUACUUAUUCUCAAAGAUAGGCUCGUAAGCUUGCAUCUGCGGACGGAUGUGGGAUGUUUUCUGAUAAAAUGUGGUCAGUAGCUCAAAACAGCCCAUGGAUCACGCAGAAGUCACCUAUUUAAGGAUUUCGGCCGGACCAAAUAGGAAGAUGUAGCAAAGUUGUUUCGACCGAACCGCAACCUGAGCCUUAUCGUAAUCCCCUUUAUUGUAAAUUCGGUAGGAUCGCAGUUGGUAGUCAGAUAUUAUACGCUGAUACUGUCGACGCACUUACUUGUUAUCAGUAGGUGUGCUUCUACUGAGUUAGGCAGGUCGACCGUUUCGGUCAGGCUGUUGGGUUUUAGUGAGGGUUAGGGUUAGGCUUAGGUUAACUUUCAGGAUUAGGGUUUGAAUUUUCGGGUCAGGUUUCAGUGUUAGGGUUAGAAUUUAGGUUUCCGAUUACGGUUUGGCUUUAGGGUUGGGGUUCGGCUUUAGGGUUCGGUUUAUGGUUUUCUUGGUUAGGUUUAGAACAUUUGGCCUUCGUUUUAGGGUUAAGGUUAGGAUAAGGGUUCACGUUUUCGGUUUUCCGAUUUUCGAGUUAGGGUUAGGGCUUCAGGGUUAGAUUGCGGGUUAAAGUUGAGGUUAAACUUUACGAUUAGGUUUCAGUAUUAAGGUUGCGAUUUGGUUUAGAGUUAGUUCUAUGCUUACGGGCUACGGUUAAGGUUCCCGUUAGGGUUGCGGUGAAAGUUAAGGUUAGGGUUAGGCUUUGGGUGAGGGUUAAGGUUAGGGUUAAGGUUGAGGUUAAGGUUAGGGCUAGGUUUAGGGUUGCGUUUAGGCUUAGGACUAAGGUUAGGACUACGUUUAAGGUCAGGGCUAGAGUUAAGGUUAGGGUUAGUUUUGAGGUUAGGGUUAGGGUUAGGGUUGGUGGUAAGGUUAGGGUUAAGGUUAGGGCUAGGUUUGAGGUUAUGGUUAAGGUUAGGGUUAGGGUUAUGGCUAGGGGAAGGCUUAGGUUUAUGUCUAGGCGUUGGGUUUCAUGAUUUCUGUUAUUUUUCGCUUAUACACUCCUGGCUAUCAACUGCGAUCUAACCGUAAAUCCAUGUUCGUUCAACAGCAUUAGGAGUUUUCUCCCCGUUUUCUGAAGUUGUUGCUUUACAAACAGCUGAACUAGAUCCGCUAAUCGACUCCAACUAUGGAGUGCACUUUGUCAUGUUUGUUUACAGAAACGUAACGUUUUAAUUAUAGCUAUUUGCUCGUCCAAAUUCAUGGUUCGUUUAUUUCCUUUUCAAGGAAUUAGACACAGAACAAGUUCAUGCGAAACGAUCUUCCCGAGGUCGGGAAAUCCUGACCGUCAGAGAGGACGCAGAACUGAAAUUACCUCUCCUGAUCCCACCAAGCGGUUAUGCAGCCACGUCAGGUCUCACCGGAAUACCAGAUGGCUUCAUGGAAGCCAUCGAUCCGUUGGUACAGGAUGGCUACAUUCGGGUUCGUCGAAAUGAGGCCGCAUAUGUCGCGCCGCUAAAUGGCAAAUGGACCGGCCACUUGGUGAUUCAGGUAGAAAUUAAGGCGAUUCAAAUUUAUGAGUCUCGAAGUUCAUUGUUUCGUAUGCGGUAACUUUAGAAUUGGGUUUCCAGGACAUGUUAUUCGUUAUUUGACGUGCUUGCUUUUUAAAUAAUGCCCCCAUAAGUCUAUAGAAACAUAUAUAACUACAGUAAGUACUAUAUGCACACGGACUCAUAAAAGUAGCCUGGGCCUUUAAACUCGUUUUUAAAACUCAAAAUACAACUUGAGUGAGGUUGCAAUACUGCUUUCUUAGAGACGCGAUUUCAAGUUAAUUCGUAUAGGUUACCUUCAGGCUCUUCCUUUAUUAGCUUUCCAGUCCAAUCAGAAAGGAAAACUCGAGAAAAAAUCAUUUUGAUGCUUACAUUUAUACCAACUUAUAGUGUAAAACAAGAUUCGCAUACUUUGGAAAUAUGUUGUUAUCAGAAAAGCCCUCUCCAUAUGGACGAGUAGAGAUGUAUGAAUUCGCUUUAGAGAUACUAAAUUCCCGGCCCUCGGCAAUAUCACGAACAUGAUAAUUUCAAAAUUAAAUGUCUAGUUAGUAUUCACAGUCAUAGACUCGACGGCUAUUCUGACGCCCACAUGACCAUCGAUAAUGGUAGUUAUCAAAAAAUGAAGGGGCGUUCAUCUGGAGGGGUUUAUCUGAGGUCCGACGUCUCGAGUAGUUUAUUCGUCUACCCAUCUUCAGAGACUGGGAAGUUCUGUGCACAGCUCCCCUUAUAAUGGCGUCCUUUGUUCAAUGCGUGAUCCGCCAAUGCCGCCUGUGUGGCUGCAUCCAACCCACAGGUCACCGCGGGCAUUCAUUGAACGGAGCCGGAGGCAGCCAAAGAAACGGAGCGAAGAGCAUAGUCAGUCAAACUCGUGGCAGAGAAUUCCGUACAUUAAAGGGGUCUCCGAAGCCGUGGCUAGAUCACUCGCGCCACUCGGAAUAGGUGUUGCCCACAGGCCUGACUCAACAAUCCGCGGGCAAGUGAUGCGACCAAAAGAUCCGAUCCCUAAGCAGGAGAUGUUGGCCGUUGUCUACAGACUUCAGUGCAGCUGCGGAAGGUGCGACUACGUUGGGGAAACCGGCCGACGGCUGCAACCGCGAAUGCACGAGCAUAAGUUGGCCGUGCGAAGGUUGGGUCCAAAGUCGGAGGUAGCAACCCAUGCUGCGCAAAUGAGACACAUCUUAAACGUUGACGUCGUUGAGAUUGUGGGCCGGGGCAGCGAUCACACAGUAAGGCAAGUGCAAGAAGCCUGGAUGUCCACCGACCGCUCUGUCAACCGCCACAUCAAUUUGCCUUCCCCCCCCCCCUAUCUGACUUUACGAACCUUCUUAGCGGGGGACAGUCACGGCGCGGGACAAUCGGGGCCGUCAGUCAUCUCCACGGCCGACGGGGGCGAUUCAGGUCACGGUGACAUGCGGGUUGGAUGCAGCCACACAGGCGGCAUUGGCGGAUCACACAUUGAACAAAGGACGCCAUUAUAAGGGGAGCUGUGCACAGGACUUCCCAGUCUCUGAAGAUGGGUAGACGAAUAAACUACUCGAAAAGUCGGACCUCAAAUAAACCCCUCCCGGUGAACGCCCCUUCUUCUUUUGAUAUGCCACCUGGGAAUCGCAUUUUCACUACUAUUGAAAUGGUAGUUAUCCCUAAAUACAGUGUUUCGAGACAGGCAUGAUGCGAUCAGUGACUCACGUGAGACAAUGACGCCAGGUCGCAGAAAGUACUUUUCGGACGUUAUAGUGGCGCUCCUAGUUCCCCUCAUGCAGUGGAUAUUUCCAUACCUUUGAAGGGCGUGAUGACACUUCGUGAAGUAGACCGUAUUUUAGGUAUUGUAUCUUGUCAAGCGCAUGUAGGUGAAUUGUCGCAAAUGAAACUCGACCAGUGAUUCAAAAAGGCCAACGUAACUUCAAGGCUAGUUAUGGUAAGGUUAACAGACCAAUCAGCAGAAAGUAAACUUGUAUUUAUUCGUCUAUUGUAACAUUAUAACACCAAACAGGCAGUAUAACUUGUCGCAUUUAUCCACCGAUUAAUAAGGACAUAUCAUUCUGUACUGUCAAGUCUAAGGGGUACCAAUAGUCCCCUCAGAAUUGCAUUAGGAUAUAAACAUUUAAUACUACCCGACGGAACUAGACAGAUUUUACUUUAUGCUUUUUUACGUCAGUAAGAUCAGGCAGUUACUACUUAAGUUGAAAAAGUUAGAGAUUUAGUGCUCUUCUCGGGGAAUAUUUUUGUUGGUUUCUUCACCCAAGAUUUCCUCGUCGUGCUCUAAGAGGGCAUUAAUUUCCCAGCCAAGAGACGGUGGAGUUCGUAGGAUCUGGGCUUAUAUGUGGAAGCCCUACGUACAAUCGACUUCAUUUUUUUCUCAUACUAUCUUGUUUCAAGGGUAAGAUUGGGUCAAAAUGACUGGGGAGGAGUGGGAGCGCAGGUACCGAAAUAAAACCCCAUGUACAUGUUGUUAAACCCCUUCACACCAACUGACGUUCACUAACUCGGAUCUCACGACAGUGGGAGUUGCGGUAAGGUUGUAUUAAAAAAGCCCUCGCAACCUGACGAACAGUCCAGAGGACCAAGUUAUCUUGUCGGUGAAGACCUUCCGUAACAACUUUAGAGUCUCGGAGUAAACCAAAUUCAGGAAGAUAUUGUACUGGAUAGAUCUCUGUCAUACUUCCCUUCCAUUGUGUGACCGACGGCGGAUGCAAGACAGGUCAGUUGGAUAUGAGGUCUGGUACUGCAACCAACGCUCAGAAAAUCGGCCUCUCACAUAUUAUGAACAUAUUUGGUGCAUAUGCAUGCCUGAUGCGACAGUGAACUUCCGUUUAGAGAUAGUUUUAUAGAAGGACAGACUUUUAUAACUUUAAAUUGUACUCUUUACGUGACCAUCCUAACAUCAAAAGUAUACAAUUUCAUAAUUUUCAUAGUGAAUUGAAAAUUUAAAAAGGUUGCAGCAUGUCUGAUAUCCACACUACGGGUCUGCAAGAAGUACGCUAGCCUAGCUUUGUUUUCGUUGUUAUACGUGUGUCUAUAAGGACGUGCGGACAGUACCUCGUAAUUUAAUUUUAGAAAAAAUCUACAUAAUGUAUUCAAAACUACUUUUAGCCUAUUCAUUUUUCUUAUAUCUGCCUUAGGAUCCUCAGGACCACUCAAAGACAGUUGGGUUCGGGUCUCCAUUGGAAAGAGGGGCAUCUCAACAGAGCAUUGCUGCCAUCUCGAAAGGUCCCAGCAUGGGGAAUCUGAAACAUGAGAAGCUCAACAUUGAAAAGCUGGCGCGCAGAGUCGGUGUAAAGCUAAGCUCCGUCGUGGAAAUGGUAUUAAAAAAGGCCAACACUGGUCUCGGCCUCAGCAUCGUAGCGGCCAAGGUACUGGCUGUUUUUUAAUCCUCCACAUGAAUAGUUACUGACACAUUUUAUUCAAUUUUCCUCUCGUGGACUUUAAUUUUUGUGACUAUCUCCCUGGGUAAACCAGAUUCACGUCAUAUCUACUAUCCUUGGUAACUGGCGUAGGGUAGCCUGGUCAGAGAUGACGUCUGAAAUCCCAGCUUAGGGCAAUUGAGGAAAGGAAAACUGAGCAUGGGCACACUUAGAUACUGUCCCCUGUUUUGCGGGAAUCGUUAACGAGGUCAGAUACGAGCAGAAAAAGAGGACGUUUUAGUAUCUGCAUUUACAGGUUACGGUUAAAUCGAAUAGAGGACGUGCUGGGAGGAACAUUCUAGAAUAGCUUAUAAUAAGUCAGCAACGUAAAGCAAACGCUGGACAAAUGUAUCCGACCGAUAAUUGUCACCAUAUCUAAAACUCGACACACGGGAAUGGGACAAUUAACAAAAAGUAAAGAAGUAAAACCCUGGCGGAAAAGCCGUGUAUCAUGUUCUGGUAAAUUCGGGCCACGAGCAUUUCGUAGAUCGGGAGGAGGCGAUAGCCAAAAUGAGCAACUGAACUAUCUCACGAUUUUUUAUUUAUAAACUCAACUGAAAACUAUUGCUGAGUUGACGAAUUGUCAGGGAGUGCGUUAUGUUGUUUGAUGAAAACAAAUUAGCGGAUAUUUUCCCAGUGUCUUCGGAAGCUUUGCUAUUUGCAGGACCUACGACUAUCCGGGCACCAUACGUCUUGCUCUCACGAGAACCAGUAGUACGAAAAUCAAAAGACCAACGAAUGACCUGUUCGCGCAUGCUAUCUCAAAUUUUAUUUAUAAGUUUGCAAGCACUUCCAAAUGCUACUUAUCUGAAUGAAAUCGAAGGCGCUAGCGAAUGUAGUAGUCAAGAAAAUCGUCUACUAGCUUCUAAAAUAUUAUGGGUGUCGCCAGAGAUGCUAGUUUAUUGAUAUAGCACUGUCUCGAACCUCUUCGGCUUCAAUCAACAACUAUUCACUCAAGUUACCACCCGAAAAUAGAAGGAUAAACAAGGUCCGCACACAGCGAGGACCAUGAGGAUACCAUAGCACGGCCGAACUCGACUUGGCAGCUGUUUGCCUGUUCGAAAGCCCUGCCACCCAUCCAGAGUUCGCUUGCUUCGAUGCAUGUUCACUACCGUAUGAGCUUCCACAGUUGUAGAAACAAAAUCCUUAUUUUCUCAACUACAAGGCUCUCGAUGGGUAGUCGAGCAACCUGACGACUCCAAACUAGCUUUCCAGGUCCUUUUUUGCACUCAAAAUGUUUAGAGACCGUGUUGCUGCGAGGUCAUUAACCUGGCCUUGCCAUAGUAACACGUGGUCCUUUGACUCACACUGCCUAUUCACUUAUCACAGGCUAUCUAUUUGCGUUAUUUUUCCUCUUACACCUUUACCAUUCUUCAUGUUCUCCUACUUCAUUACACUGUUGAGAAGGAGAUUCGAGCGUUAGAGGAUGCAUUUUAUUUGUCUAGCAUUUCGGAUUCCUUAUCGAACCUGUAAUUCAGGCUAACAACAUGCAGCGAUAACGGACCGCCAGGGGCUACCAUACUUAUGUGAUCCAGCUGUCACGCAUCCACGCAUUUACUAAAGUUAGCGGCUUGCACAAUAGGUGUAGAUUUCCGUGCUUGGUGCGAUGCUUGCUCGAUCGCCUGCAUCCAGGUUGUUAUUGGCCGCGAUCAUUACUCGAUUUGAUAAUUGGGACAAUAACGGUUCAGUAAUCUGGCACACCCCUACUGCCAUCGGAAGCACUGUUCACCCUCGGGCUGUCCCCGUGACAAAUUACUCUAGUCAUAAAGUCUCAGCAUUAAAUAUAGAUUGGGAAGGCCAUUGUGUUGUCGAUGAACAAAUGGCCAGAGAGUCAUGACUCAAACAUCUCGCGAGCCAUGCAGUCGUCACCUUCUGUAGGUAUUUUGGUUUCCCAGACUUUAGAGUGUAAACGGAUCCUGCCGAUUAGCCCGUGACUUCAGGGGCGGCAUCGUUCCUCCUCGUGUUCAGACAUCUGUUUACUGUUUCUCCGAUCUAUUCGAAUGAGUGCAAAUUGCAAGUAGGCCUCAUUUACCCCAAUACUAACACGUAUCCCACAUUCGAGUUCCAAGUGGCCUCCUUGUUCCUCCGACUCUGUCACUUUGCCCACAACUGCGGCAGAUCCGGUAAAAGAUUUUGGACGUUCUGUGUCGCGGCAGGGGUUUCUUUUGCGCCACCACUUAACGCCUAAUUGCUACAUGCAGUCUAUUUUCGACCCCAAUUCCAAGUGACGGGGAAGGUGACCAAAGGAUUCCGAUGUGUCUAUAACGUAAGGACGAAUUCUAAAAGACGAGUGCGUUGUGGUUUAACCUCUCAUUUUGUCCUUUGCAUAAGUUAACGAAGUUGUGACAGUAGUUAUUCACUUUGAGCAUCCUUUUGAGAUGUUCUUAUUUAUUACUCUUGUCCUCGGUUUCGUUGCAGUGCGUUUCAAUGCACCGAUAGAAUGCCUUCGUAAGGCUGCGUUUCUGGCUUACUGGGCAGUCGCGUUUCUGGCUCUCCUUAACACUCGGGUUUUUAAGAUAUCACAAUCUUUGCGACAGAAAAAUACAGAAAUAAAGGUCAUUUGGUUGUCUCCUGCCUCUUCCAUGGGUAAUGCUUGCCCGGUAAAGUGGCGUUGAGGCGUUCUUGAAAUGUCAACAUCCGACCCGCUUCAUGACGGCGCAGGCAGCAUCUGCAUACCAAGACCAGAAUUUCGCUCUGUGGUAGUGGAAGAACUGUGACUAUUACCGUUAAAGAUAGCUGUAGCUAUGAGUCCAGAGAUCGAUAACCCCAAUGAUAUACCAUCAACCUGCUCUUAGAUUGUCCCGUCAGGCUUAAUGUUCGUUUAUAGACAGAAUCUGAGAAGUUGGAAGAGUUGGACGCAUCCGAGGUGAUUCUGUGUUUUAUUGCCUUCGCCUCCUACCUAACUGUGGUUCCGACUGCCACAGUUUGAGAAAUAGAAUAAGGGACGUGAUGUCGGUAUAACCAUGACAUCAUUUUGCAGGUUAUUCACCUUUUUAAGUUUCUUUGAGAAUCAUUUUGAUGAACCGACCAGACUGUUUCGUUCAGCAUCCCGAAAUCCGCAUGACGAAGCAAUUAUUCUGUCAUUUCCUGAGGUGUACUGUUUUUGAAUAAAAAUAAUACUAGCCGGAGGUAGCACCUCUGGAAGUCCCUAAAAUCGGUCCAAAAUCGUCUUUGUUAUUCAAUCUUCAAUGUUGCGUGUGAGUUCUCAAUCCUCCAUGAAUUGGCAUUAGUUUCGCUUGUCAGUAUCAUGGAGGGUUACGACUUUUACGUCACAUGCGAGUUAAAUCCCCUAAAACCGCUGACUCGAGAAAUUAUUAAGUCGUUGUUGGUGAUGGACAAUUCAAGUGCAAUAUUGCGGAUAGAUUAAUGUACAACAAGAACCCAAGAAACCGCCCUGGUUCCAUGCUAUUUUUAUCUCAUCAAACCUUGUCUACAUCCAAAUGGUCGUUUUCUUUAGAUGUGGAUUGUGUUCAAAUUACAUCUUAAAUAGAUUCUUGAUUAAUCCUAGCAAAAUUAUUAUACGUUUCGUGGAAUAUCAUAAUAAAGACAUGCUUUUAAAUACACCUUGCGUCGGGCAAAGCUUUCCGACACCUGACAGCCUCCUUUAUACGAAAAAUGCGCUACUUCACUGCUUAUGCCUACAUCAUUCAAAUGAAUUGACUACUGUACCCCGGUUCAGAUCUGCGGUCCCCGUUACCUACGACUAGUUCAUAGCAACUACAGUGCGUGACCGAUCUCAUGAAAUGUUAACCGAAAUUUUGAAAUGCGUUUUCGAUUAGGACGGAUUACUUAGGUGAAUUUGUAGUAUUGAUUAGCAUGCAGCAUAAUCCCAUAGUAUUUCUGACUCAUCAGAAUGUCGGCUUUUGAAUGCACUUCAUUUUGGCCUUCUGCAGAAACCACACUCGGUAAAAAAAUGACUGCUUUCUUUUGCUCAUUUGGAAGGAAAUCACAUGGACUUUGUAUUUUAUAUCCGAUGAAAGUGCAUAUUUAGGUUUUAAAAAAGUUUCCCAAUGCCCGAACAAUUUUGAGCCCGAUCUGCCAUUGCACUAGCGUUUAGCGAUUUCGGUCUACAAGGUGCAUGCCUCCCGCGUAAGGAAAAUCAUAUAUUCCUCUAUGUCUUUAGGAAGAUAUCAUAUAGAAUUCAUAAAAUUUCGCAAUGGGUCUGGACUGUGUUUUACAUUUCAUGUGGAGCCUUGGUAAACGGAAAUGUGCGGCCCUGUAUUCAUGGACGUCGCAUGGUCACAAAAAUCUCAUAAUUAGAAACUUUUUUAAAACCCAAUCAUACUCCUUCUUCGGGCAUAAAAUAUGAAGACAAUAAGAUUUCCUGCCAAAUGAGCAAAAAAGCGUAUUUUGUGCAUGUUUUCUAUAAAAUAUAUUCGAAUUUAUAUGACCACCGAAAAUGAACAGGAAAAAUGCACGAUAUUUAAGCAGUCAUUUUUUACCGAGUGUGGUUUCUGCUGGAGGCCAACAUGAAGUGCAUUCAAAAGCCGACAUCCUGAUGAGUCCGAAAUACUAUAGGAUUAUGCUGCAUGCUAUUCAAUAUUGCAACCGCCUCUAAGUAAUCCUUCCUAAUCGAAAAUCUAUUUCAGAAUUUCGGCUAGCAUUUCAUGAGAUCGGUCACGCACUCUAUAUACGGCAAAAAUGCCAGAAGAGGUCAUUCUCGUCCCCAUUACCUUGACCGGUAAUACUUUUGGAUUGUUAUUUAAACACUGUCACUUUUUGUUUUAGCCGGAAGGCAAUGCCCCGUAUGGAAUCUACGUUCGUCAAGUAGUCGUGGGUGGAGCAGCAGAGCGUGACGGACGCCUGGAGACGGGUGACCAAAUCUUAGCCAUCCAGAACUGCCCCCUCAUCGACUGCGACCAGUCUGAAGCUGUAAAAAUGCUGGCCCACAAUUCAAGUGAUCAGACCGGAGUUCAUAUGGUUGUUGCCAAGCGUGCCGCUCAGGCACGUGGGAUUCUUAGCCUGAUAAAUUCGGGGAAUGAUCAGUCGCCUGUUUCCGCUCGACGGAGGCUGCAUGCCAAAGGUGCCCUGACAGGAUCACGUGGUGCUGCCUUCGGGGCCAUGACCCGCUCCACACCCUGCCUCAAUCUUGCAAGCGAUCACCUAGGUCACAGUGUUAGCGAGGAGGAUGACAGCGAUGACUCGGAAGACAGUGGGCCACGUUUUGGAUCUCGAAUACUACCCAGAGGAGCUCCACAGACAAGGCGCGUUGCACAGCAGAGCAUGCAGUCGGUACGCAAAACCAUCCCCAUAACAGUCCCAUAGCCAAUAUUUCAUUAGGAGACUUUCUGGUGGAAAUUUCCCAAUCUCACUCUCCGGUAACAUAAUUUGUUCCAUCUUCAAGGUUUCGAGACACAAAAGUCUGGAGAUGCUAUCUUCGCGUCCAGUUGCUGCCCGCAAUGGCCCACAAAGAGUUUCAACUCGGGAGUCGGAACCAUCGACUGAUGAUCUAUCAGACGAAGGAAGUGAUCAUGUAUGGAGACAAUCGGGUUCAGUGGAAUCUCUGCUGAACCAAGACCACGUAGAUAGUGCUAAACAGAGAACAGAGAGCCUGAAGAAAGUUGGGGUGGAACUACCAGUUACUAAAAGCCAACUGCAACAAUUUGUAAGUUCUGCCAAUCUAGCAGCUUAAAAAUGCUCGGACUGUAUUUCAAAGCUAAGCUCAUGAUUAGCCGAAUCUGAUCGCUCGAUCCUAAUAACGCUGAGAGUUGAAGUGGCUAAUUCUCUGCUUUUUAACAAUAAUGGUGUUUGCUUGCUCGCAAAAAUUAAACAAGUCCCUCUCUUUUCUUGGAAGCCUACUUGGUCAACUGUUAAAUAAACCGUAUGCUUUUCGGGUGUUCAAAUAUUGGCUUUGGAAAUCACUCAAGUUGACGAAAUCCAAACAGGUUUCCGGAUGCUUGAAAAGAAGUAUCGGUAAGAUCGCAGUUGUUUGUCAGACAUUAUACGUUGAUAGUGUCGACGUACGUCCUUGUUAUUAGUAGAUGUGCUUACCUUGUCUAGGAAACUUGUUAUCAGUAGGUGUGCUUCUACUGAUUUAAGCAGGUCGCCUGUUUCGGUCAGGUUGUUGGGUUUAAUGAGGGUUAGGGUUAGGCGUAGGUUAAGUUUUAGGAUUAGGGCCUGCGUUUUAGGGUCAGGUUUCAGUGUUAGGGUUAGGGUUUAGGUUCCCGUUAGGGUUACGGUUAAGGUUAGGGUAACAUUUAGGGUUGGGGUUAGGCUUAAGGUUGGGGUCAACGUUAGGGUUAGGGUUAUGGCUAGGUUUUGUGUUAGCGUUGGGUUUUAGGAUUUUGGUUACGUUUCGCUUUUGAGGCUUAGGGUUAGACUUUACGGUUGCGGUCAGGGUUGGAUUUUAGAGUUAAGUGUAUGGUUUACAUUUCUGCCACUAUUCCACCUACUUAGAACUUCGUAGCGUUUUCCAUGGUAACUUUACCUUUAGCCAGAAACUCCAGCAUUUUUUUAACAGCCCUUCCAUUUACCUCACCCACAUAACCCCCUUCCCCACCAUUCCCGUACGACAGCGACCUGGCUGUCCGCCUCCCCAUUCCUGGCCACCAACUGCGAUCCAACCGAAAUAUCUCUCCUAAAAUAGCAAUCUAUUUACACCAACUACAACUGGACCGUGAUAGCUUCAAGCGCGUCAGGUUGUUUAUAGUGAGCAAAAUGCGCUGAGUCGUCGACCGCCCCCCCCUUUCCAUUCUCACACCUCAGCCCCUGUCCGAGCCGGUCAGAUGACUGGAUCGGGGAAUAGCGCGGUGGCUGACAUGGUCUGGUGACCUUGACUGCGCGCGCCACCACAUGAACGACCUGACCCUCCAAACACAAACACCAGGAUUUCACACAAUGGGGUUUGGGCGGCGUAUCUCUCACUUGCGUGAGAGAGCCGUGGAAGGAGCUGUAUCGGACCGGCCCCAAGCCCACCAGUCCGCCACGCCACAAAAAAACACAACUGGACUGACUGCGUAGACCGAGUUGGGGCGUCAAUCAGCAGCAUUCCUAUCCAGGACGCUUGGCGCGUCGGGAUAAUCUCAGGCUUGAGUCACCAGUGCAAUAGGAGCCGCAUAGAGACCGAGUCGAGACGCACACAUCCCACUUACGUGGGAGGUGGCAGUUGGGUGAUUGCGGUAGGCGAUGUUACUGAGCGGUGAGGUGGCGGUGAGGGAGGAUGUGGUGGCGUGGUGCAACCGGCGGUUGUCUUCUGUAGGUUUUCGUGGAUGCGCAUGUGGCCGAAUAGACCCAUGCGGUGCAUGAAUGUGCGAGGACAAUGUUGACAGUGGAGGCGGAUGUGGCGGGUGUAGGUGGGUGCUUCAGGCACUGGUUCGCCAGUAUCUGUGCAAUGGAUUCGCAAGUGACCGAUCAGGCCGAUGAGUGAGGUGAAUGUGCCUGGACAGUGUGGACAUGAGAGGUCGGUGGUGUGGGUGUCGGUUACGGAGGUGGUGGUGGUGGUGGUGGUGGUGGUGGUGGUGGUGGUGGUCUCUGAAGAUGGGUAGAAGAAACGACUACCCGAAACGUCAGACCUCAAAUACACCUCUCCCGGUGAACGCCUCCUCUUCUUUUGACCAACUACUUUAUUUUCCAGGCAUAUAAUUUACCAUUUUUGUAAUUUAAACUGCCCUAAAUGUUUGUUCCACGUAGAACCGGCGAAGGCAGCAGAAAAACAACAGUGGCCCUGAGAGAACAGAUCAGAUGCCAGACGAUUCAAGUCCUCACCAAAGGCCAGGACAUAACGGCUGGCAAAAUCAGAGUCCAACUGGCGUAGCCGGGAGUCGUAAGGAGAAAGAGAAUGAGGAAUCUAGUUCGCCAGACUGGAGCGACUUCGCCAGGCAGAAUGCUGAGGCCAAAUCUCGAGUAUCCAAUAAGAGCAGUGAGAAGGAGGAGGACUCACCAAGUCCCUCUGGUAGCGUUGGCGGCGGUGAAGGUAGCGGCAGUGGGGGAAGCAAAGCAGUGGAGACCAUCUCCAAUACCUCAGAAGACUCCUUUAUAGCGCGCAAAUCACCAGGUAUUCCUGUAAACUAUUUUGUUGCCAUAUGCUAGCUGAUAUGUUUUAAUUGCUGACAUGUCGUCUUCUAUAUGAGGAGGGCCCUUUCAUGCAGUACUUUCGUAUGUUUCACCUCUUCCUGAAGGACGUAAACAACCAUAGACAGUGUUAUCGCAUGAAAUUUUGACUGAAAUUCCGAAAUGUGUUUUCGAUUCGAAAAGAUUAUUUAAGUGGGGUUGCAAUACUAAUUAUCGUGCAUCAUAAUCCUAAGAUAUUUCAGUCCCCCCAGGAUGUCGGCUCUCGAAGGUACUUCUUCUCUAGUGGCUGCAUGAACCACGCUCUGUAAAAAUGGUUGCUUGAAUAGCAUGAAUUUUCCCGAUUAUCCUCGCCGUCCCUUUAAAUCCAAAUAUGUCUUAUGAAGAACAUUUAUAAAAAUAUUGAAUUUUGUAACAACUUUGUAUAGAAGUACAUCUUCCUUAAAAAUUAGGCUUGAAGAAAGAGUAUGUAUUGGCUUUAAGAAGUCCCUAAUUAUGCGUUUUUUUAAGACUGUGUAAUGUUAUAUUAUGAAACAUCACAUUAUCACGGUUAUUAGUGCUGUUUACAAAGUGGGCAACAUGCUCCACAUCCAUUGCAAAAUUUCAUGAACCCUAUUUGACGUAUCCUUGCUGGCAUAUAGAAAAGUACCUUUUUCCUUAAAUGAAAAUUAUGUAGCUUAUGGUUUGGAAACCCUGAGUACAAGUAUAACGACAGGUCAAAUUCAAAAUUAUUCACGAAUUGAGGAAGUCUUUUAAAACCGAAUAGAAAUUUGAAGGAGGCGUAAGGUGCUACCAAAGGAAUCCAAACGAGAAUAUUUUUGGCAUGUUUUUUUAUAAAAUACAUUUGAAUUUAUAAAGACAUCGGAAUUCAAUGGAGAACCGGGAAGUCCAGGAAGUCAUUCUUACAGGGUCACAAGAAAUGCACUCAAAGCCAACAGUCUGGAGUGACUGAAAUAUCCCCGAAUCACCCUGUAUGGUAAUCAAUGUUGCAACUCUACUUAGGCAAACUUUUUGGAUUAAAAAAGCAUUUCAGAAUUGCAGUCGACAUUUCAUAAGAUGGCACAUCUACGUAACGUAGCACAAGCAAUAGUCCCAAACUCCUUAGGACCGCAUUUGAGAAUGCGUUAACUAAAGCAGAAUUCGAGGGACACAGACUCGUACAACUGGGUGGGAAAAAACGUAUCGCACAUCCUUUGACGGGGUUCUGUCUUCAAAAAACCCUUACGCAGAACACUGCAUUGGAACACAAGACGGACCAUUGCCUCACAUGCCUCCCCUUCUCUUCAGCACCGUGUCUGUCUCCAUCAUCAGCAGCAGCAACGACAAGGACAGCAACGCUUUUCUCUUCCUUGCUCUCUGCCAUUCGCUAUACAAAAAUGAAGUCCUCUGCCCCCUUAACAAUUAUUAGCGCAUUUUAAAGUAGCUUCAUGGUGCGAUUAUGUAGAGAGAAGAAGUGUGAGGACUAGAAGAGGAAAUAUUCAGGGAUCUAAUGCCUCGUAAUACUGCAAUGCACGCCAUUAUUGAACAAAACUCAUUGUGAGAAUUUUCAUAUGAUUUCUAAACUCUCUCUCUCAGACAAGAAGACUGAGGAAAAUAUUCUUUAAAGGAUUCAAACCCUUCUGUCACGGCCGACUGUUCCUUGUCGUCCUCCUUCUCCAUACUUUUCUUUUUUCCGAAUCAUCUUCUUUUCUCAUUGGCGUCCUUCUGCUCAUUUGUUCUGCUUUCCUUCUCUUUCUUUUUUGCCUUCUUGUCAUCCGCCUUCUCUCCUUCAUCAUUGUUAUUUUGGGCCUUCACAGCGACCAUAAAUACUACAGUUAUCCCAGUCAUCAGCUGAGAGUUUCAAACAGGGUCCGCCGAUUACCCUAUCUUCCUACUCCUCUUCUUCUCUGUUCUUAGCUCUCCCGUGUUAUUUUACUCCAAGCCUUCUUUCUCUAUGUAAGGAUAUUUUUUAGGCCUUCUUCACCUGUUUUCCCACUUCUUUACAUCUCUCACUGCUUUCGUGCUGCUUCUCGCUGUCCUUAUUUUUCCUUCGUGUUCAUUAUGUUUUCCCUCAUUCUCGUAGUCGUCACUCUCUUAUUUCCCUCUUUUUCUCCCUCCCCCUCCGCUCCCAUCCUGCCACACCCUCUUAAUUUUAUUUUCGUACCUUUGCUCUUUACCCAUCUCUCUCAGUCUAUUUCUGUUCUUUUUUCCUAAUGUUAUUUGUCGCAAUGAAUGGGGGCAUUCCUUCUAACGCUAAGUAUAUCCUAAAUAUACAGUUUCUCAGUCACACCGAACUACGCCGACUACACCCCCCAAGCCGAUGGCGCGACGGUCGCGACAAAAGCAGCCCAACGAGAGCCAGAACAAGAGAGAAGAUGACGUCUACAGCUUACCUUCCGAUGAAGCCGUCUACGCAGGAGCGCAGGCGGAGGAGUCUAGCACUACAGAGAGUGAAGAUCUGCAUCACGCUCGCCAGCGCAUCGUCUCGGGUGGACGGGGCGAAACCGAGAAACCCGUAGCGAGCGAGGCGAAAGCAGUUAAUACUGUCUCAGUCUCCGACAAGGCGCUACAGACCAGCAACGAGUGAGUUUCAGUUCGCGUCCCUCCCAUAAGACCUUCAAUUAUGCCAGUCCGUCUCAAGAUCAGAGCUGGUCAUUGGGUUCGAUCACGGUACAGAUGUCAUUAAAGUGCUGUACCUAAUGCCUUUGGACACACUUCCAUCGAAGGUCUCCGCGCGAAAGAAGUGAAAAUUAGCACUCAUAGAACUAACAUCUAUUAAAGAGUUUAAAAUGUUAAAGGGCAAUUAAUAAUAUUCGUUUUAGGAGGCUAGUGUGUCCGGCUCACAACGUCAAUUAGACAGUCAGCCGUGCAUGCAUCAUCAUGCUUCUCACAUCACACUACCAGUGUUGAUGGCCAGCUGGUUAUUCUUUCCGGGACAGUGCGUUCAUUGCUAGCUGUGGUUGGCGUUUCCUGCGGCCUCGUCUGAAAAGGGAAAAUCAGUGAUUCGGAGAGUCACAGGCCAAACCGGCCUCUCUCGAGCGUUUUCUCGUUUGCUGGGUGGUGACGCAGAACCACAAAACCGUAGAUAGCCUAGCGUGUCAGUUGACUGAUUGGUUCCCGGCAGCCACGCCUCUUGCGGGGAUUGAUACAUGCAAUUAUCACCGCCUGUGCGGCACUACCUGGGAUAUCAUAUUCAGCCUAAUCAUAGCAAUUUGGUGCUCCCAUAUCCUCAUUUGCAGUUUCUUGCCAGUUUCCACAACGCAGUUGCCGUCUUUUCAACUGCACCAUAGUUGGUAGCGCACGGGUGAUGUCUUCCACCGAUCGGCUACACAGUUCACCUGCUAUAAACGUGGCAAUCCUGGGUAAACCGAUUGACAACUUAUGGACGUCCACUCCAUCGAACGGUUUGCUCGACUUUAUACUUGCAGAUUACUUUCACUUAGUUUCCUUUUACAAAACCCCACAACCUCCUUAACUGGCAGUCUUGGGCACAGUAAUAAAAUACGUUUAAUCUGGAUAAGAACUUCGACGGUCCCAACUAUGUAAAUUUAUCUGAAACAGUUCAGCAAUGUCAGAGGAAGCCGGAAUAAUAGCCGUUUUGUGUAUAUCUAUGCUCUGUUUGACUGACCAUAUUCCCCAAAUAAAUAUCGAUGCCUAGACAGAAAUCGAAUACGCACACAAAAUCCUUACACUAAAGAGAUCUCAGUCUCCCAGCUUUUGUUUAGCCACCUCUGAUAUCAUUUGCAUGGUGACUUUGCAUUCCAGUGGAUGGCUGCCUCUUAGAAACCUAUCUGUCUCCGGGCUGGAUUUAUUUUGCUAUGAAAGACAAUCAAAUUGAUGCGGCCUAUUCUAGUCUGACUACAAACUUGUUUUAGGGUUACAAAAUACCGUGCUAGCAUACUACCAUACCAAUAGCUAGUACAUAGAUGUUUUGGUAGAUUUUGAAUAAUUCAUACUGACCCAACUGUGAAAAACUCGGCGCCUCGGUGGGAUUCGAACCCACGCAGUAAGGUGAAGGCUUUAGUACAGCCACCGCUCUAACCACUUAAGCUACGAGGCCCCGCUGGACGACGCGAGUUUAAUCACAUUUGGGUCAAGUUACCCGCCCAACCUACUGCAACGUGUGGAAUCCACCAAAUGUGAUACAGUAAUUUGACUGCCCAGUCAGGAUUUCCUAAGUCAUUCGCUUAGAAUCCACCAGAUGACUACCAGGCUUACGUAAUUCAUAGAUGUUUUUUGUACUAAAGCCUUCCCCUUACUGCGUGGGUUCCAAACCCCACUAGACGCCGAGUUUUCCACAGUUGGGUCAAUAUGAAUUACUAGCUAGUAGCCCAGACACGCGUGUUUCGUCGAUAUUCUGCCGCUGCACGGUACUUGUUUGUAUGACCUGAGUAAUCCUUACAAUCCGAUGUGUGAUUUCUAAUAGCUUCAUAGCUCAGAGCCCCGAAAAGCUCAAACAAGCCGUCCAGACGGGGACAGUUCCAAUGCUGAAUUCCGCCGUUCAAACGGAGGCCGCAUUGCAAGAGCCAGUUAGCAGCCCUUCGUUGGGACCGACAUCAGCUCCAUCGGAGGCGCCUGCUGCUCUUCCCUUCUAUCGUCCACCACUGGACCGUCUGUCUACCUCGAGCCAGCCCACAGGAAAUGUCUCUUUCAUGCAACAGCCUCAAAUAAGCGUCGAAACGGUAUCUAAUUCAGGCGGCGUGGCGGCUGUCUCCCCAGGACAUGCCAUGCAGUCAACGGCGGAACUAAAAACCGGCCGGUGAGUCCUGCAACUCCCUAACCCCUUCCAGUCUCUGUCCAUUGUUUUGGUUCCAAGUACCUUCAGCUUAGCGCAAUGUGAGGACUGCUUAACCCUGGCGAUUAAAUUUGAGCACUUGCGGCUGAGUACGCUGGUCGAGACUGCCUUAUUUAACGGACAAUUACAUUGCAGAUAAAAGCCAAAAUUUUACUCCCAGGAAGCAGUUGAGAAGAAAGAGACGCGAUCGUUGGAUAAAGCAUUUUACUCGCCUGACGCCUCGGACUCAGGCUUGAACCAACCACCAGAGGCGGGAUCAGACGCGGAUAAUUCAUGAACAAGGAGCUGCGGAAUUUAUAGGAUAAAGUCACUAUUCCAUCGCGUAGCUAUCAAAAUUAACGGUUGUUCUCCCCCUUUAAAAAGGAUGGUUGAUAUUGAUGGGAUAACUGCUUGAUGGACGGCAUUCCAAUUGUUAUGUCCCCUAAUUUCAUCAGCUAGGACGAAGAUGGCCGAACCCGCAGCAGCAGUGAGAAGAAAUGUCGUCAUCUCCUAAGUCACAGUUCGUUCAACGAAACCAAAAUUCUUGCGAAAGGUGACAGUCGCGUGAAUUGCGGGCAGCCUGAGUAAUGGUUCCCCGCCCUGCAGUCAACUGGCAAACGCGAUGACCUUCUGUGCUUGAACUUGGCGCAGGCAAAGUAAUCAGUCAUACGGAGAGCGCGCAACAUCCAUCACAGGUAUUACAUGCAUGGGUUACACGAUAUACCGCACUUGACAACAACUAUCCCACCGAAGGAUGUUAAUUUUGAUCAAUAUGUGGUGACACAGCGACUUCAUCUUAUAAAUGCUACCAAUCCUUAUCCGUGAAGAGCCUGUAGCGGCUAAGCGGUGAUGGUGUACGCUCAGUACGCCACAACUUCAGGUCAUAUCCCAAGUUGUUAGAAGCAGGACGCCAUUUGGUUAGGACACUUUAUUCUGUACAGAAUUGCGAAGGGGAAAGUUGGCAACCGGGCGAGGAUGCGUCCGGCGCCGCGGAGGCGGCGUCCGCGUGAGCAACGAGCCCUGUGACGCCGAAGGUCGCCGCUGCAAAAGUGUCGUUGCAGAUUGUUUACUCUAUUGUUCUGGACUGUUCCCGCCUAUCUUACCAAUCAGCGACAGGAGUUCCGUUGAUUGGUUCCGAGCCCACGCGAAGGUAGUGACAAGCCUCGCGUAGUGCAGGCAGAGAAUCGACCGAAUGCGUGGUGCAGACCGUGAAUUGCAACGAGAGAAAUCGAAGCCGGGCAGACAUGCGUGCCAUAGCAGGCUGUCGCUAGGACGUGGGUGCAGGCGCUAGCGAGAGGCGCGACGUAGCCAUUAUGGCUGUCCACUACAAGCCCAUAUCUGAUUCGGCCUCUGACGGUAAGUUCGAGCACGAAUCCGUAGCAUCAGGCGAAUAAAUCGCUUCAUCCAGCGGUCGCGUCUACUCCUUCUCAGACAAUUACACACAAGGGAGGGAACUGUACGUACUCACAUAUCUUUUAUGGUGGACCAUUCUUUUUAUUUGCUGUCGUGGCGUUCAACGAUGUGAGAUAAACUUAAAUCACGCACAAUCAGUUCGUUUCGUCUAAUGUCAGCAGUUAGGGAGCUGUGAGGAAUAGUUUAUUUUGUACACAGGGCGGUGUAUAAUUUACGCGGAAGCGUGUGUCAGUAGGUGGGGGUGACUAGCUGAGUGCUGGUCAUGAGAUUGGACGUAUUAGGGGAAUAUUAGGGGAAUGCAUAAUCACAGGGGCUCAAGGGUAUCAAGUCAGGUCGUCCGACGCGCGUGAGGUGAUAAUCGUUUGUGAGCAGCAUCCGGGAGCCACUGCAGCUGGGCAGAAGGGGCCCUAGUUCUAGCCGGCGGGGGUGGUCGUGUGUCAACGGUCUGUCAACGAUUGUUGCGGCCAUCGACCGACAAAACGGGGCCGGAGAAAAAGGGACUGGAACGGUUGCUACACUGUCUCGAAAGUAAUCCGCAAGUAGCAAUCUAUGUUGCCGAAACGCGCUGAUGUUUUCUUUUGAGGAGUCGACAGAUGCUGUGAAAUUCUGUCUAACAGUACACGACGUAUUCUAUCAGAGCCUCUGCGGUAAACUGGACGAGCUCUAAAUAGUAACCCCAAAAACCCCGGCACGCCCACAGGAACUUUAUACGUUUACCAACGGCAAAAUGAGGAAGACAAAUUCUCCUUGCCUUGUUUAAUUUCCGAGGAAACUAAUGCGCGAACUUGGAGUAAAUCUUGCGAAACAGACCUUUUGAGGCACGGUCCGAAGUUUGAUAUGAAUAUUUGAGCUGCAGUCCAUCAGCUACUGCGGAAUAGCCGCUUAAUAUUCACAAACCGCCAACAGGCAGCCAAUAGUAUAUAAUUGUGCAAUGAUUUACCGUACUAACAACACAGGUAUUAGCUAAAGGCCCAGACACGCGUGUUUCGCCGAUCUUAUGCCGUUGCUUGACGCAGCUGCGAGGGAUUCGGCUCGUCAGUGGGUCCUUCAGCUGUCUCCGUGUGUUUUCUGGUAUAUGAACUCCAGUGUCAACUUGCCUUGUUUAAUUUCCGGCAAAACUGAUGCGCGAACUUGGAGUAACUCUUUCGAAACUAAAUAUAAAUUAGUCCCAAGUGCAAGAACCCUGUCCGAACUCAUUCAGUUGGCUUUUGCGGCAGAACUUCAUGUUGACACCCUGGACUUGACGUAAGGCAGGACACUACAGUCAUCGAAACUGCCACCUCUGUGUUUGAGAGUGCAAGGUGUGCCCUCUGUCAAAUAAAACCAGACGAGCCUCCCAGGCUGAUUAUCGGGCAGUCAUUCGCAGAGCCUGCUGGUCCGCUCGCGCCUCCAAUAGUUAUCAUUGCAAACAAGUAGUUUGCCUUAGCAGUGGAAAACCGUCCUUCAGACCAACAGGUAAAAGGAGUAUUCGAAUGGCUGCGAACAGUUGUAGGCUCGAGAGCCUUCCCUACCCAUGUUGCAAGGGAAUACAAAUUCUUGUGAAGAAAACUAUAGUAACAAGGUCCGCACACUAAGCUGUUUCCAAAGCGACUCACUGUGAGAACAACCCUAUCUUUCAAAUCUGUCGACUGCUCUGGAGGCAUGAACCAAAUUCUAAGCGGCGGACUUGGACGUAGAUAUCGUAUUCAAAGCUAAAAGUUAAGAGUUCUUAUUUGUAACCCAAAAUUAAGGCUUCUUGGAUUAACUUGAGGCUCUGUGGGCCAAAGUCAGACUGCUGAACUGGAUGAGAGUUUGUCGGUGACGAAGAAUCGGAAGAGCUGAGUGCGACUGGUGCGGUUCCUCAUGGGUAGAUUCUGCGUCACUUAUAAUGCAUCCCGUUCGUUAACGGCCGUUACACUAGGCUCGACCGCGAUAGGACCGUAUCCGCCAAUUACUCUGGGCCCUUGCACGUCAUUUGCAGUCUAGAAUACCAACUAGGCCUUUAAAAUAAUUUGAGCCGAUCGCAGAAUUCGUGCGAACGGCGGACGUUUGUCUUCAGUUCAGAGGAAUGCAUGAUUCUCCGUCUGCAUAUAGCAAAUCAUGAUGGAGCCAGCAAAAUGAAGCCGUACCUUCUGCAAGAAACUCAAAUGCUUGUAUUGAUCGUAAAGAAAGACCUCCGUUUUUGGAUACAUUACAAUAUAUAAACGGUUUAAGAAUGUCAGGGGCUUACCAUACGCGAACAAAAGGAUGCUUGAAGCUCUCGUAUUUUUGGUAAAUUUGACGUAUCACUUGUUCGUUCCAGCCUAGAACACAGUGUUCAGGCAAUGAGACCCUGCUUGAAAUGACAGAAUCUUUGAAAUUGUGCAGUAUAUCGGACCUGAACUAAUGGGACAGUUGAAUAACGAUCACCCGGGUAGAAGAAUGUCUUUGAUGUUUUCAGUUUGUGUUACAAACGAUAAAGGUCCUGUCGCAUUCUAGUUUAUAAAAUAUUUCGUGGCCUAAAAAGAACACCCCCUUGAUGAUUUGACGAAAUAACGGCCCUUUCCCUGUCUCCGAAUGCAUCUGGUGGAACGGCCUUCGGUCUGAAUUCUUCAGUCAGUGAAUAUUUUAACUGUAGAGUGCGCUCCAUGGGACCAUGAUGAAGGCGAUGCCACUGAUAGUGGUCAAAAGCAACUGCAUGUUUUAUGUAUUCCCCCUUUUCCCUGGAGUUGCUGUCUACCUGUUUGUAAACAACUGCUUGCCCACGUUCUGCACACUUGCAUAACUGCUACUGAAAGCAAAUCAACAACACGUUUAUUGAAUUGUGUCUUCUGUUAGUGUGCGUACUACCAGUGGACUUGCGAAGGUCGCAUAGCAACAAAAGACCUUGGGUGCAGCACUACUCGUGUGAUGAUUGUUCGUUAUUAUGCAGCCGUCUGUGAAGACUGUAGAGUUUAGCUCCAAGGGAAAAUGGAAAACCUGCAUUCUCUUCUUCAACCAGGUCAGAUCUGUGGACAUUAGUCCGGCACAAUACUGUCAUGCUGAGUAAGGCUUUCCCUAUUUACCCCUGUUCAAUUUUAUUGCUCUCCUUAGGCAAUGGCGAUUUUAACUGUGUACUUACUACUACAUCUAAGUCGUGCAUGCCUGCGGGGCUAUUUUUCAGAUCCGCAUAACUCGCUUUGGCGAACUCGCGUUCUCUGUCAGGUGUUUGGCAAUCCGGCUUUCGUUUUUUGACCAAUUUUCCAGUCCUCCAACUGUUCAUGCUACAACCAUCGUAGUAAUGCUAGCAAUUACUUGAUCUUCCAUUGAUUUACUAAUAUUUAGCACCUCCAAGCUUCCAGCGUGGACGGGUAUGGUCAUUGUUUGGGGCUAAGGGAGAAAGACAUGGUUCUUUUCCGCAAGUUGGCGAGGUCUCGUUUUUGAGGGAUUUUAAGAGGGGAAAAUCUGAAUAGAUCUACCCAGCUCCCGACUUCUUGGACAGUCGGAAAUUGUGGAGAUUAAUUAUAGGGAGAACGAGAAAAUGUGUUCAAAGUUUACUUUGCCAUUUCCUGCCCCUCUCGUGUGUGGUUGUUCUUGUGUUGGCUAUAGUUACCUAUAAAUGUACACUUGACUCAUGCAAAAAACCGGCUCUCAAACGGGAACUGUGUGGCUUAAAUGAGGCGACUAGGUGUCACGAUGUCAUAGUUCUUUUUGCUAUGUUCAAACAUCAUCUGUCUUUUACAGUUUUUGAUAACAUUCCCCAGAAUUCCAUGUUUGAUAUUCACAAGAACUCUAAGCCUACAAGGAAAGUCGAUAUAACUUAUUGAACGGCGUCAUGCAAAAAUCCAUAGGUGCAUAAAAAGGAAAUUCGAGCCAACCCUGCCUCUAAAAUCCCAGUUUUGCUUAAAAUUUUUUAGCUUCCAGCAGCCAACAGCUUCAGGACCGGCAGAAAUUGGACAGCUCAAGACUUCAGCCUCACCCGUGCCCAAAACGGAAUUCAACCUCCCAUGGGGUGGACCAUAUCCUUCGCCUGCUGAGGAGAGCCGUCUCCAUGGUACCGCCAAUGAGACAGCCCAGCGACAUCAAGCUGGCCCACCCUACAUGGGUUACCUUCGAAGCGUCAUUGGUAGUGGAGGCGAGAGUGUGGCCUCUACCAGUUCGGGCAACGUACUUUAUUGGACUCCUCAAGGUCAAGGUUGUGGUCGUAGCGGCCAACGUAGUCCAUCACCACCCCCCGUACCCACAGCUGACUUCCCACAGUACCACCCUCCCGCCUACCUGGAGCCUGCUGAGUGGCCAAGACAGUCUCCCAGGCCAGCCUGGUCGCCCCCUAUAAGCCCGGCUUCUAAAUGGCCGGUUCUGAGAGCUCCUGCGUUCGAGCGGUCGGGGUCUAACAUUUCGUACGCCUCCGACUCUGUGGCGGUUGUUCACGGUCCGCCGGCCAGCCACAGUCUCGCUGAUCCCUCCAAACGGUUGUCUCCGAGCCGUGAGGUAUCACCACGCCGACCAGAGGGCACGGAUUAUGGGCACUCGGUGUGUGUUCCUUUUUGUUGCUCUCCCACUGCAAGCUUCGCCGUUAUCUUGCUACUGGCUGGAAUUUCUUACUCAUUAUUAGGAUAUGAUGAUAAUAGCUGUGAAUUCCACCCGAUUAAGCAUUCGAAUUGCAGAGUAAGGAUGAAGGAAGACAGGAAUUCAGGGGGGUCUACUGGAUGAGUGAAUCCUCCAUUUCCCCUGGUCUACCUUGGCGAAUGUUCCGCACAAUAUCGGUCAAAGACCGUUAGUGCGAUGCAGCCUUCCAGAAAAGGAGCUUGCACCCCUCCCACUCACGAUGGCAUACCGGCGUCAAAAAUUGUCUGGAUCUUGUGAGCUUGUUCAGCGAUAGAUUUUGAUAAUUGCAGUCAGUGACCGAUCUAAUGAAAGGUUGACCGAAAUUUGAAAUGCGUUUUCAAUCAGGAAAAACUACUUCGGCGGGAUUUUAAUAUUGAUUAUCACGCGGCUUAAUCCCAACAUAUUUCGGACUCGCCUACAUAAAGUUGUGAGAGUGAGAAAGGAACCAUCUUACACGGGAGUGCCUACGUAUUUUGGUAAACUAUGACUACCUCGGUCUGGCUGAUAUUGUAACUAUUUUACUUUCUGCCCUCAAGAGGUACUUUGAUGUGUAUUCGGCCAAGCGAUUUGACACUUAUUUUUGCCUGCGUCUGGGCAGUUUGAUGUUUGAGAUGGUGUAGAAGGAUAAGGCACUUUCAAUUCAUCUGACAUCGAUGUUGGCUACAAAGCUUAGGUUAAUAUUAGUGAGGACGAAUGGUCGUUGAGUCCUGUUGCCCAUUAUUCGGUUGUUAGCGCUGGUAACCUAAUUAUUUUUUAAUUGGAGCCAAAUAUUUACAUGAUUUUAGAAUAACUGAAUCUUUCUCUGAGUUCACUCCCCUAAAGUGACAAUGUUUUACCAAACUCUAAUAGGCUGUAGGAAGCCUUUGAGUGAAUUAUGCUUCGUUCCAUUCAUGUCAACGAAACAACUCGUUAUGUUUCAUUAAAUAGAGGCACAGUUCUUUCAAACUAGUUUGGAGACAAAUGUGUGUUUGAGGGAAUUGCCAUUCUCUUUUGUACACGAGAACAUGUAAUAAAGUUAAUAACUCGUUUUCUUAAUGUUAUAAUGUAAGUCUGAUCCUUGUGUGUAACUUGUUCCUGCCGCUACUCCGUAGCUCUAAACGUCUUUUGGUAUGUGUCAGACAAAAAUAGCAUCCCUACAUGUUCUGUAAAAUUUAAUGUGACUUAGACUUUAGAUAGACUCCGCGUAGAUGUGGCUUGGUGGAUUGCCUAUUGCUAAACAGUCAAUUUACCUAUACACGUUUCGAUUGGAUAUAUUCGGAUACCCGAAAGCAACGUCGCCAUUUAAAUAAAUGACAAAAAGGUGUUUACCGGAAAUGUUUUUUUACUUCAUAACCGCCUUCGUCAUCAAUUACUGUUGCCCAUCUUGAAGCUAAGUUUUUAAUACCCUCUUUAUAAAAUAAAAUUUAUUUCGAUGCAGAGUUCAUAGUAAAUGACCGCAGAAGUCCAUGCAACUUGCUUUGAUGCGAGUAAUUCUCGGGUGUGUGCUAACAUACUCUGUUCAUUAUUUUGUGCAAUAACAUAUUAUUGCAUAGGUUCUGUAUGUCCGUAGACAGUAUACGCAAGUUUCGCAGGUUUAAAUUCCUCAGACUCUCGAGGAAAUUAUGAAUGUGGUUCGCUGUACAUGCAACAGGACUAUGACAAAUCUGUUCCAUUCGUCUAAUCAGCCACUGUGCAAGAUUGUUGUGAAGAUAACAUUAAAAACAGGCGAAAAUUUUUUUUAGGAAUUCAGUAAAUCCUGCUUUUCAAUAUUUUGUGUGGUUCAAGUGUUUUGGGAGAUGGAGUAUCCAUGGUACGGCCCACUUUCAAAUCAGUUUCGAUUUCUUUAUCAGGGGGCACUCUGCUCAAGAGGAUACGAUAGUAGUGGUAGACGAUAGGAAGUAGUGACCACUACUUACUGCUGUCGCUCUGUCAGUCUAUCAAUGCCUGUCAUAAAAGUUCUAAGGCUAGCGUCGACCGAUUGCACCCUAUGCAACAUCCAGGUCAAAUUAAGGAUUUCGUUGUCGACGUAAGCAAAGGGUGGUAGGUCAAGGAAAUAACUACCGCCCCCCCCUCCCCCGUAUUACAGGCGUCGUGGCGCUAAAUUCCGGGGGGGGGGGGUUAGGGUGGGAGCAAAGGUUAGGGUUAGGGCUGAGGUUAGGCCUUAACUUAGGGUGAGCGUUCGGGCUAGUGUUAGGGUUAGGGCGCGGAAAUAGGUGUCGCCCUCGAAUUUAACGCAGAGCCACCGACCAUGCAAGUGGCUCCAUCCCCGUGUCCAAACCAAAAGUCCUCAGCUUCUAUCUAGUGCCUGUGCUGUCGGUAUGUAAGUCAUACAGCAUCUUUAAUCCCCGCCAAGAUGGUCACGGCUUGUUCUUCCUCCGUUAGAACCAUGUACUUCGUUUCCCAUCAAACCUACUUAUCUUAGCUCUGAUAUACUUAUUUGGUGCAGCUGCCAGACGAUAGUAAAAAAGACACAAAGGUUCGUUUUACAGUCUGUCCUUGUAUUUCUCUGAUAUAUUUUGUGCGAUAUCUAUCAAAUUACUUUCCCCGUGUUAUUUGUAAAUGGGAGUUUAAAACCGUCUGCUGCACUACACCGCAGGCUGACAGGUUACCUUUCGACUAAAAGAAGGCUCUGUAAUAAGAGAGCGACGUUUGCGUGUCCAUUCUGAUUCCAGAGAGAACUAGAGUCUUCAGUUUUAUGUUGGAGUUCCGACCUACAGUGCGUGACCGAUGUCGUGAAAUGUUGGCCGAAAUUCUGAAAUGGGUUUUCGAUUAGGAAGGAUUUUUAUUUGGAGUUGUAAUAUUGAUUAGCAUGCAGAAUAAUCCUAUAGCAUUUCGGACUCACCAGGAUGUCGGCUUUUAGAUAGAUAAUUUUGUAUUAAAGACCCGUCGGGGUCCCAUCAAAGCAUCCCUUUCUGACCUUCUGUAGAAACCGCGAUUUGCAAAAAUGACUACUUAAUUAGCGUGCAUUUUUCGUAUUUAUUUUCAAUGGUCUUACAAAUUCAAACAUAUUUUAUAGAAAACGUGCACAAAAUAUGCCUUCUUUUACUCGUUAGGUAGAAAAUCACACUGUCUUCGUAUUUUAUACCCGAAGAAAGCGCAUAUUUAGGUUUUUGACAAGUUUUCCAAUUCCCGAAUGAUUUUGAGUCAGAUCUGCCAUUUCAUAAGCGCUUAACGAUUUCAGUUUACAAGGUACAUGCUUUCUGCGCACGGAAAAUCAUAUAUUCCUUUAUGCCUUUAAGAAGAUACCAUAGUGAGUUCAGAAAAUUGUGCCAUGGAUCUGGACUGUGUUGUACAUUUCAUGUGAAGCCUUGCACGAUGUGGUUUACAUGGACAUCGCACGUUCUUGAAAGUCCCAUAAUUAGAAACUUUUUUAAACUACAUAUACACUUUCUUCGGGCAUAAAAUGCGAAGACAGUGUGAUUUUCUACCUAAGGAGUAAAGGAAAGUAUAUUUUUGUGCACUUUUUCUAAAAAAAUAUAUUUGAAUUUGCAAGACCGUCAAAAAUCAAUACGAAAAAUGCAUGCUACUUAAGUAGUCAUUUUUGCAAAUCGCGGUUUCUGCAGACGGUCAGGAAGGAGGGCAUCCAAAAGCCUACAUCCUGGUGAGUCCGAAAUGCUAUAGGAUUAUGCUGCAAGCUAAUCAGUAUUACAACCCCACCCAAGUAAUCUUUCCUAGUCGAAAACGCAUUUCAGAAUUUCGGCCAACAUUUCAUGAGGCCGGUCACGCAGUGUUAACUUUCGAAAAAGGUUGCGUAAAUGUGACUAUGGUUAUUGAUUAGGCUUGAUGGUGUUGCACUUUUUGUGUGUUACGCAAAUUUACCAAACCAAUGAAAGCUUGCAAAAGGGAUUGCUAGCUUUCCUGCAGUUCUUCUGUUUGUCAUUUCUUUUUGUACCGGACUUCAUGGUGCACAAACCCUGGCCUCCCCCCACUCCUGGCAUCGAGCUGAGCUAAAUAUCCACUUAGAAAGGGCAGGUCAUUAAACGACGAACUCAGACUGUCGUUUCUGCUAUGUGGACUACGGCGUCCACUGGGCGCAGCGUGCCUUGGACUUUGAAGAAAAUACCUUCGUAAUAAGAUGAGUCUUAUUGCUUUCUCCUUUGCAGUCGCAACCACCAGCGGCCGCUACGCCACGGCUGCAGACAAAGGUUCAACCGAAACCGAAACCGAAGUCAUGGAUCAGGGCCGACGGGAGCCCCAUGUUUACACCUUCGGCGGACAUGUGAGUUUCUGUGGGCGAAUCCAUCAAGAGGCGUAUGAGAUAUCUAGUCAGGGCUGAUCAGCGUGCUAGAUUGGUGACUUCCUCGUUGGCAGCAGUGCACAAGGUAGACUUUUCGCACUGUCCAAAACUGACAGAAAUCGCAUCUGAUGUUCCAGGAAAUUGUGAUCAGAUGGGCUGCGACCCCCCCCCCACCAAUAGUUUCGGCCGGCGCGUUUAACCAGAUUGGAAUAAUCGAAAUGUAUCUUCACCCUAGCAGUGGUGAACCAGCCUGUAAUGACAGGUAUAGAGAAGGGCUUCUUGCUUAACUCUUCACUGCACCCUAUCUCGUCGACAGUGGUCGAGAUGCACUCUUGCCACUGAAAUAUAAUAAUAUUGGGAAGUCUUCCUCACUAUAACUCAUGUAUGAGUAUUCUUAAUCAUGCAUUCGCCUUCGGCAUCAGCCUCUUCCAAUCCACAUCUUAACCCAACAACAUUCUAUGCAUUGGACUGCGUGCAAUCUCAUAGGUGGCACAGACUAAUUCGUGUCAUUUUGUCCUUAAACCAAGUUCGCCGCCCAUUGUACAGUUCGGAACCAUUGGAAAUAUCUAAAGAAACCUAUCUAGAAUUGACAGAAUUUUCUCCUUCUGUUUGUCCCUAAGACAGGCGAACGGAUUACUUGCUGUUGCUUCCAAGUUCGGGUUGAAACAAAUCACGUCGCCUGAGAAAGGGCAAGCGAACGUUUAAAAGUUAGUAAAUGAAUCUCCAGCGAAAUUCUUUUGCUGAGGAUCUUUGCCGAACACAAUCUCAUAACAAAUACUUGUUGCUGCCUUCUCAGCCACAAGAGGCUAAAAUGGAUGCCAUUAUGUCUGUAUUGAUGACAGUGAUUAGGUUCCAUACUACUACGAAAAUGAGGUCACCGUGAAGUACUGGUGACGAUAAGGGAUAAUAUGUUUAACUGCUUUUCGCAUUACUGAGGGAUAAUCCAAAUAAAAAGAAGGCUCAAACCAAACUGUAAAUAUACUUUGGAUAAGACUAUCUCUGGAGGAUAGUCCUAGAAAAGCAGAAACAACUUCACUUGGAAGAGACUUAACCAAGGUGUGAAAGGUGGUCUGUUCUGCCGCAAAAUAAGGUUUGAACCCAUACGCCGAGUGGAUCGCGACUGGUUCGACGAUAAUGAUGGGGAGCUCUAACACCUACUCGUCAAGUUAAACCACAAUCAUUGGGCCUAUGAGAACAAAAGGAUUUCUUCUGUAUGCGAGCUUGCCGCAGCAUCUAUGUUCUUCUCUCCUUUCACAUGCAGGGCAUUUCAGUGAUGAGAAAAAGCCAAGCAACUGGAGACGGCUAUGGGCACAGUGACCGAUCUGGCGAAAUCCUUAAUAAUCUCUAUACCCACACCCAAUCGGGCACUAUAUUACGGAGAAUUAUCAGGGGCCGCAGCAGCGAUGAGACAUUGCAACCUGCCUCGUCCAGAUGGUUCCAGAUAUCACACAAUUUAGCAAUCUUCUAGACUAGGACUAAUAGGGCUCCAAGUUGGCUCAACACGCACCGCAUCAACCCGUUCUACCAACAGCACCAUCACCGUAAUUACCAUAAGUAUAUAUAAAAAAUUAAUCAAUAUUCUACACAUGUGCUAGCUUUGUGUGAUUUAACAAAUAGUUUUGAAGGAAGUAGUGAGGACACAGAAUACGGGGGGAAAUUGCCAGCAGAGGAAUGCACGCCGACAUCUAGUGCUUAAUGAUCCGAGGGAGUGGCUGCUAUACGUUUUUUUUCAAAUUUUUUGCAUCGAAAUAAGAGCCCUGAAUUUCCAUCUGGCACAGAGGUAAAAUCAGUUCUAAUAUAACUGCUGUAUUUCAUGCUUCAGCAUUGAUGGAUUUGAGAAGGAGCGAUUGGAGAUCAUCCGCAUGCAAGAACAAAGGGCCAGAAUGCAUGAGGAGCAGUUCAAUUUAAGACCUGUAAGCUUUGGUGUUUUGCAUUUAUAAACGCACCUGGAUAUGUUUGUGGGGUCAGCUCGUAGAAAAUGUACUCCAGAAGACCUCAUUGCGUGCCGGGUUGACCAGCCGGUUCCUAAUUUUACUAGGAGGACAGUUAACCUAAGACACACUGCACCCUAGUGAUGGAGCAUAAUAACAAAAAACAUGCUGACAAACGGUCGUCAGACUUUGGGUUUACCAAAAUUUGAAAGUUAGACGGAGUUAAUUACACUUACCUAUAUGGUGCGCAAAUACUCUUACUAGGACUGGCGUCAGGCAGGUGAGUUAGUCUGAUUUUUCAAUGACUAAGUAGAGGGUGUAUUACGAGGGACAGACUGAGCAGUUUCUGCGAGAAUAGGAAACCCUGCUCAGCAUUCGACGGGUAGAGGGACCAUUCGAUCAUUUUCAGGAUAGGCGUGGAGGGAGUGGAGAUAGGCAACAGCCAUGAGCGGUGUCAGGCGAACGUACACCGGAUGGACAUAACGCCUGGACAAGGGUCUUAAUCGCAGAUUAAGGAUUUUUCGUUUCGGUGCUCACCGCUUCUGAUAUUGUCAGGAGAGAGUUUCAUUAGCGCUGAAUUCAGGUGGCAUUUCUCUUUUCAUUCAUGAUCAUUGUUUUGCCUUUACACAGGAAAUUCGCCAUCUACCCUACAGAAGUAGAACAUUCUUCAUCGUUUAGUUGAAUUAGUAGAUAAAAUGUUCCAUUGACUAAUACAUGACGUCCCGCGUCAACUCUGCAGCUCGGCAAUUAGGCAAUUUGACCUUUCGACCACCUGGAAACAUGGCGGUUUUCCUGAAAAAAUCAUCUGUUAUUUGAAAAGGCUUUCCACCUUUUUCGGCCAAACACCCCAAAACUGCUAUCAUAGCUCCCAUAUGCAGUAGGUGUAUUAACGCAUGAAUUGUUCAACGAAAUUCUGAAAUGCCUUUUCUGGCGCGGAAAGAUUACUUAAGUAGGGUUGUAACAUUAAUCAACGUGCAGCAUAACUCCAAGGAAUUUCAGUUACUAUGGGAUGCCGGCUUUUGAAUGAACUUCCUUCGGGCCGCCUGCGAAGUGUAAACUCUGAAAAAAUGGCUACUUAAUUAGUAUAGUCUUUUUAUCAUUGAUUUUCGAUGUCCUUAUAAAUUCAGAUAUAUUUCGUGGAAAACAUGCAUACAAAUAUCCUUUUUUACUCAUUUGAUAGAAAAAUUACGUCUUCCUCGAGUUUUAUGCUUGAAGUAAGGUUAUGAUUCGAUUUUAAAAAAGUCUCUAAUUAUGGGAUUGUUUAAGACUGUGAGAUUCCCUUUUAUAAAAAAUCGUGUCUCUGCAUUUGCUGGUGUUGCCAGCAAAGUUUAUAAUGUGACUCAAACCCACUGCUAAAUUUUAUGAACCCCGUAUGGUCUCCUCUUAAUACUGUAUAGAAAUUUAUGAUGUUCCGUGCACGGAAAAUAUACAUCUUGUAAUUUAGAAAUCCUGAAUGCAAGUGUAACGACAGGUCGGGUUCAAAAUUAUUCGGGCAUUGUAAAGGUUUUCUUAAAACUAAAUUAUUCCCUUCCCUCAAGUAUACAAUUUGGAGAAGACGUAAUUUCCUACCAAGUGAGUAAAAAAUGAGUUUGUAUGCAUGAUUUCUGUGAAAUUUGCUUAAAUUUAUAAGCGUAUCGAAAAUCAAAAGGAAAAAUUCCUACCCCAGAGUGUGGUUUUCGCGGGUGGCUGGAAAGAAGUUCGUUCGCAAGCCGGAAUCCUGAGGUAACUGAAAUAUCUGGGAGUUAAAAUACACAGUCCCUAAAAAAGUGAUUUUGGCUGGGUAACAGACAUUGGUCUAUGGUGAUUAACGCUUUCAGACAAGAAAGGUACAAAUGCCUCCAUCGUCAAUGUAUUAAACCAGACCCAGAGGUCCACGAGUAAGCAUUAUAUAUGAGUUGCUUCAAUAAAUACUAUUUUUGCGGUAUACUUACGAGAAUUUUUCCUGGCAUAUUUUGAGUUCCUAACGAGAACCUGGAGGGGCAAUAAACUACUUCGCUAGGGGGGUUUUAUUCUAAACUUGCAUAAUUGUCGUUCCGGAUCAUAACAUUUUCUCAUUUUAGGCUGCGGAGCAUAAACCAAGAUCUGGAGGAACGAGCGAUGUUCAUCAGUUUAGUCGAAUUUCUCCUCACGCGGACACUAGUAGGUCAUUGGUUUUUUUUCUCCUCUGGUUAAAUUAAUGGACAACUGACAUCUAUUUUCCCGUUCUAUGGCCAUUUCUUUCGCUUUUUUCAGACCCAACCUACGAAAACUGUAGCGGGCUAAACAAAUAUUCCAGUCAGUCCUACGGAAGUAGAGAGCUGGUGAAAUCCAGGGAGUCAGUUGCCCUCUCCGAUCGAUAUUCGGGUCAGCUGGUUCGGGGAGGAGAUCUGAGAUGGAGCAAGAAGUCGGUCACCUUUGACGAACAGCCCGCAACGGUGUCUGUUUACACUCCUCCGGGUACACCACAUGAGAGUCUGUCAGAGGGCGCACUAACCAACCGCGACUAUGAGCAGGAGGAGAAUAAAAGGAGUCAACUAGAAAACCGGCCGCUUAACGUCCGCCCCCAGCGACAUCUACUGGACUCCCGUGCAGCCGACGAACGUACGCUAAUUUACACCUUGACCGAUCUCAUGAAAUCUUGGCUGAAAUUCUGAAAUGCGUUUUCGAUUAGGAAGGAUUUCUUAGGGGUGGCUGUAAUACUUACUGUCUUACGGCUCGGUAGGAUGUCAGCUUUUGAAUACACUGCUUUCCAAUCUCCUGUUGAAGCCGUACUCGGUAAAAAAUGGCUACGUAAGUAGCAUGCAUUUUUCCCACUGAUUUUCUAUGGUCUUGCAAAUUUAAAUAUAUCUUAUAGAAACCACAAAUAAAAAUAUGCUUUCUUCCAGUCACUUAAUAGAGAAUCACGUCUUCUUUAUAUUUUAUACUCAUAUAAGGAGUGAAUGGACAUUACACGGUCACAAAAAAUCUCAUAAUCAGAAACUUUUUUAAAACCUAAUUAUACUCCUUCCAUGAGUAUAAAAUAUAAAGAAGACGUGAUUCUCUAUUAAGUGGCUGAAAGAAAGCAUAUUUUUAUUUGUGGUUUCUAUAAGAUAUAUUUGAAUUUGCAUGAACGUUGAAAAUCAAUGAGAAAAUGCAUGCCACUUGAGUAGUCAUUUUUUUACCGUGUAUGGUUUCUACAGGCGAUUGGAAAGCAGUGUAUUCAAAUGCUGACAUCCUGCCGAGUCCGAAAUAUUAUAGGAUUAUGCCGCAAGAUAGUAAGUAUUACAACCGCACUUAAGUAAUCCUUCCUAAUCGAAAACGCAUUUCAGAAAUUCAGCCAACAUUUAAUGAGAUCGGUCACUCACUGUAUAUUUGGCCUAUGAAACGCCUGUAAAGUAAACUUUUAAGCACUUCCAGUCAUUACGGUUUUGAGGGCAUAAAUUUCCCUCGAAGUUGCUUAUAAGAUACAAUACUAAUUCGUUUUUUCAGUUGAAUGAGGAUUCAAGUCUGCUCACAGAUGGAAAAUCUGUCAGUGUUAAGUAAUUGAAAACUAAGAAAAAUCGAAAAGACGAGGGGUGAAGAUGGAGCCGCUGUUUCCGAUAUACGCGGUUCAGCAGCCAAUCCUCAUUCUCAAAUCAUCUGAUCUGGUUGCGUGAGGUUGUGUUUGACUGCAAUAUCUCGCAGAAGUGUAACCUGCUGAACUGUGCAUGCGUAAGUGGGAAAAAUUCCUUUUCUCACUUUGCUGAUCUACCCCUGAUAUCGCAUAUAUAGUCACUUCGCCGGCUCAUAAUCUUUGCCACCAACUGUCGAGGCCUGUUUGGUGACGAAAUACAAACCGUAAAACAUGUCUGUUUCAUCAGAAUACCUCUGCCUUUAGUAGUUUGACAGGGAACUUAGUUGCGGUCUAUGGAAUUUGGUCCGUGAAGCUAAGAGGGUGGGUGCACCCUGCAUCCUUUAUUCAGAAGCAAAUCUCUUAAAGACCACGUGAAGAGAACAGAAUUUGCAUUUCGGUGGCUGACUGGGUUUAUCAUUGUCUUGGUUCUUUGAGGUUCCAGGGUUUUCCCAAUAAUAAAAAGAACUUUUACAAUAUUUCAGGUUUUCCCCGGAGUACAGCACAGGAGAAUAACCACUCCAGGAUAGAUACUCAGGCACUUACUUCACAAACUCAGGUCAUGGUAAGUCUUGUGUGAUCUUAUUGGCCUCUCUAUUUAAUCUUUUUUUAUUCACGAGUGUUCAUGUCAACCUUAGAUAACGAGGGUGUAGAUAAUACAUUAAAAUGGCCUUUAGUUUAACGAAACAACAUACGAGGUAGUAUUAGGUGAGGCUGAGACAGUAAACGACAGCUUUCCUCAUUCACGCACUGGUUGUUAACUGAUGAGUUAUCUAGCAUUUUAUGAGGAAAUCUACAUUGGUGUUACUGGAGCAUAAGUCGAGUUUUCGCUGUAAAAACCAUACUUUGUAGCGAAGUAAGCUUCUAAAUUGUUCAGAAAAGCGUUUUAAAAUCAGUCUAUCACGAAACAUUUAGAGUUCCGAAAAUUUAUUUAAAUUAAACGUCAUAAUAGAUUUUUUUGAUACUCCUGCGCCCUUGUCUCUUCAGCGAUCUGAUUGCAACUCCACACUAGAGCCAACGGGUAUUAAGUACCUAAGAAGAAAUUUGAUGUAUACAGGAAAGAGAUAUGUCACCCAUAGAAGAGAAGGUUUUUCAACCAGUUCUAUGCGCAGUUUCGAAAAACAUUCUGAUUUGUUCUUCAGAACAUCAAUCAUGUCCAGAAUGCGGAGAAUCUGCCCUUCAAGGAGAAAAUGAAGCUUUUUGCCCAAGCGAUUGGCGAGGAGGAACCAAAGAACCGAAUAAAGGCCUCUAGUCGCGAACUCCACCUCCUAAAGACCGUUGUGCGCUGA